AUGGCUGAUGACUUUGACAUAGAAGCAAUGCUUGAGGCUCCAUAUCGAAAGGUGGGUUUUGGCCUAAGGUAUUGUUUGUUUGUAAUGCACUUUAUUGUAAAUACUGUGGUGGUCUAUGUCACCUCUUUGCCCCAGACCCUACAUUUCUAGCCUAUUCUAUGUGUGUUUCUGAUGUGAUGCUGCAGUUCCUUUUCAGACUAUGAAUAAAUGCCCAUCUAUCUCUUUUUGUAGACUUGCCUAACGAUAUCUCACCUCUACUUCCAUGAAUUCCAGUGUGAUCUGUCAAAAAAUGAAGGUAGUAAUUGCCCAAUGUAUUGCUGUACUGUGGUUCCCUUGGUAACAUAAUUGUGGUCAUCGAAUGGCCAGUCUACAAGGCGAAUGCAGUGGAUGCACAAUAACAUUUAAUUGAGGAACUGGGUUCUUGAUCAGGCCUACUUGACAUUCUCCUUUAUCUUAAUAACUGGGCUAAUGUUUUGUGCAUGGACUAUGCCGAAUCCCAUCAGUAAAUGCGCUAAACCAUCUUCUGAGCAUGUGGGUGGUAACCAAGAAUUUGACAGCUGUCAAACAAUGACUGUCGCAUGUCUGAGGAGUUUGUCAAAAAGUAGAAUCCAGGGUUCUAUGUGAGGUGUUCCAUAUUUUAGCCUACAUGACAGAUGAUUGUAGGCCAAACCAUCUGACUGUUUCAUCUCACAUACAGCCUUUCUGCUUUGUGAUAAACUGCAGAACGUUAGCCAGGUCGAUUAGAAAAACACAAAUGCCCAUUGGGCCUGGUCGAGAAGCCAAUUCCUUUAAUUUAAAAGACAUACCAUGAAGACAGUUUUCAAAUAUCUGUAUGCAUGAUGUGGUUGUUCCACAUUGACUUUACCCCGCUAUUGAUUUAAGACCUCUUAGUAAAAAUCUGCCUCUGUAAUGAUAAAGGUUUGGUAAGCUGACACAUUAUUGAAAUACAUGAUUGCAUGUCCUUUACAAUUAAUACAUGAGAUAUGUAUGGUUAAGUACAGGAAGCAGGUAUGUUAGUUCACAAUGUACACUCUUAUUUCUCAUUAUAGUGAGGGAGGCAGUGUGAAUUUUGUCGUUACACUGUUUUCACCAACAAGUUAUACAUUUUACAUAACCUGUAUAACUGAAAAUUGCUUUUUCUCCAUGGUUGACCAGAAUGUAAUUAUUUUGCAUGCUCGUUCACGAGGAGUAAAUGUUUAUUUCCCAUAAGUCCAUUAUAUUUGCCACCAUUUGAUGUAAGGCCUGUAUUUAAUAGAGUACAAACAGUAGGAAACAUGGAACUCUUCUAUGCUGCUGGCUACAGUACCAACUAGGGAGUUUCAUAUACCUCAUCUUAUUUAAUCAUGACUUUCCUUGGUAGUAUAUAUUACUAAGCAGUGUGAAUCCCUGUUUGCUUCAGGGCGAGAUGUGUGACAGAGGUGGCAUCGAGCUCUUACAGUCCACGAACGAAAAUGGGUGAAGAUCACUGGAAUGGCAUCCCCCCCACUGGAAAUCGAUCAGUGUCUGGCUGCUAGCAUGGCCACAUUGGUCUUAGGCAAAGAAUAGCCUUGGUACUGAUCUGGAUGGGGCUGCUUAAGAAAAAUGCACCAGAGAUAUGAGUUUGGAUUUGGAUUCGUACUCAUAGAGCUUGACUAUAUGCUAAAUGGCUAAUCGACAGUAUGAUUGGAGAGAGAAAAAAAGUGAAUAGACACUCUUUAAAAGCCCCUAACUGUAGAUCUCAGUCCCCAUGUAAACAUUUGUAUGAAUACUUUUUUAAACAAUUAUUAUAUUUUUUCUUGUGCCCACCCCCCUUUAUCCUGACAACUUGAAAUGUUGCCUCUUCGUCCUCAUGCUGUUCUAUCGACCUUGCUUAGGAUGAGAUCAAGCACAGUAGUCCCAAUGGCCACGAGGAACGCAGCAAGAAGUAAGUGAAACGGACAUGGUUUGGUAACAAGCAACGCUCAUCUAUUUAUUAUUUGUUUAUUGGUCUUUACUUAUUCACUGCCUCACAUUGGGUCAUUCUCUUUCCUCAGGAAAAAGAAGAGCAGGAGCCGAAGCAGAGACAGGAAGAGAAGCAAAAGCCGGGAUCGCAAGAAGAGCCAUGAUCACAAGCGGAGCCGCAGCCGCGAGCGAAAGCUGAGCCGUAGCAGGGAGAGGCGCCGGAGCCGCACUCGGAGCAGGGAGCGCAGCGGCCGCUACAGGGACCACAAGACCACCUUGUAUGUAUGCCUCAUCUGGUGUCAGCAUUUCCCUUCAGUCUGCAUCACCCUAGUCCCUAGUCUUUCCUAUUUAACUAUUGCUGUACAUAUACUAUUCUUCAGAUAUAUUACAUAUUCUAUCCAUAUACUGUCCAUAUUGUCUAUACAUCACAUUAUAUUUUUUAUUUAUUUAUAUACACACACACACACACAACCUGUCAAAAGUUUUCGAACACCUACAGUGAGGGAAAAAAGUAUUUGAUCCCCUGCUGAUUUUGUACGUUUGCCCACUGACAAAGAAAUGAUCAGUCUAUACUUUUUAUGGUAGGUUUAUUUGAACAGUGAGAGACAGAAUAACAACAACAAAAUCCAGAAAAACGCAUGUCAAAAAUGUUAUAAAUUGAUUUUCAUUUUAAUGAGGGAAAUAAGUAUUUGACCCCUCUGCAAAACAUUACGUAGUACUUGGUGGCAAAACCCUUGUUGGCAAUCACAGAGGUCAGACGUUUCUUGUAGUUGGCCACAAGGUUUGCACACAUCUCAGGAGGGAUUUUGUCCCACUCCUCUUUGCAGAUCUUCUCCAAGUCAUUAAGGUUUCGAGGCUGACGUUUGGCAACUCGAACCUUCAGCUCCCUCCACAGAUUUUCUAUGGGAUUAAGGUCUGGAGACUGGCUAGGCCACUCCAGGACCUUAAUGUGCUUCUUCUUGAGCCACUCCUUUGUUGCCUUGGCUGUGUGUUUUGGGUCAUUGUCAUGCUGAAAUACCCAUCCACGACCCAUUUUCAAUGCCCUGGCUGAGGGAAGGAGGUUCUCACCCAAGAUUUGACGGUACAUGGCCCCGUCCAUCGUCCCUUUGAUGCAGUGAAGUUGUCCUGUCCCCUUAGCAGAAAAACACCCCCAAAGCAUAAUGUUUCCACCUCAAUGUUUGACGGUGGGGAUGGUGUUCUUGGGGUCAUAGGCAGCAUUCCUCCUCCUCCAAACACGGCGAGUUGAGUUGAUGCCAAAGAGCUCGAUUUUGGUCUCAUCUGACCACAACACUUUCACCCAGUUCUCCACUGAAUCAUUCAGAUGUUCAUUGGCAAACUUCUGACGGGCCUGUAUAUGUGUUUUCUUGAGCAGGGGGACCUUGCGGGUGCUGCAGGAUUUCAGUCCUUCAUGGCGUAGUGUGUUAACCAAUUGUUUUCUUGGUGACUAUGGUCCCAGCUGCCUUGAGAUCAUUGACAAGAUCCUCCCGUGUAGUUCUGGGCUGAUUCCUCACCGUUCUCAUGAUCAUUGCAACUCCACGAGGUGAGAGCUUGCAUGGAGCCCCAGGCCGAGGGAGAUUGACAGUUCUUUUGUGUUUCUUCCAUUUGCGAAUAAUCGCACCAACUGUUGUCACCUUCUCACCAAGCUGCUUGGCGAUGGUCUUGUAGCCCUUUCCAGCCUUGUGUAGGUCUACAAUCUUGUCCCUGACAUCCUUGGAGAGCUCUUUGGUCUUGGCCAUGGUGGAGAGUUUGGAAUCUGAUUGAUUGCUUCUGUGGACAGGUGUCUUUUAUACAGGUAACAAGCUGAGAUUAGGAGCACUCCCUUUAAGAUUGUGCUCCUAAUCUCAGCUCGUUACCUGUAUAAAAGACACCUGGGAGCCAGAAAUCUUUCUGAUUGCGAGGGGGUCAAAUACUUAUUUCCCUCAUUAAAAUGCAAAUCAAUUUGUAACAUUUUUGACAUGCGUUUUUCUGGAUUUUUUUGUUGUUAAUCUGUCUCACUGUUCAAAUAAACCUACCAUUAAAAUUAUAGACUGAUCAUUUCUUUGUCAGUGGGCAAACGUACAAAAUCAGCAGGGGAUCAAAUACUUUUUUCCCUCACUGUACUCAUUCAAGGGUUUUUCUUUAUUUUUACUAUUUUUUACAUUGUAGAAUAAUAGGGAAGACAACAAAACUAUGAAAUAACACAUGGAAUCAUGUAAUAACCAAAAGUGUUAAACAAAUCAAUAUAUAUUUUAUAUUUGAGAUUCUUCAAAUAGCCACGCUUUGCCUUGAUGACAGCUUUGCACACUCUUGGCAUUCUCUCAACCAGACCCUUUAUUCCAUAUGUGUUAUUUAAUAGUUUUGAUGUCUUCACUAUUAUUCUACAAUGUAGAAAAUAGUAAAAAUAAAGAAAAACCCUGUGUCCAAACUUUUGACUGGUACUGCAUUCGGAAAGAAUUCAGACCCCUUUACUUUUUCCACAUUUUUUUAUGUUACAGCCUUAUUCUAAAAUGGAUUAAACAGUUUUCCCCCCUCAUCAAUCUACACACAAUACCCCAUAAUGACAAAGCAAAAACAGGUUUUUAGAAAUUUUAGCAAAUUUAUUAAACAUAAAAAUGGAAAUAUCACAUUUUACAUAGGUAUUCAGACACUUUACUCAGUACUUUGUUGAAGCACCUUUGGCAGCGAUUACAGCCUCUGUGAAUCAUGGUGGUGGCAGCAUCAUGCUGUGGGGAUGUUUUUCAGCGGCAGGGACUAGUAGACUAGUAAGGAUCGAGGGAAAGAUGAACGGAGCAAAGUACAGAGAGAUCCUUGAUGAAAACCUGCUCCAGAGCACUCAGGACCUCAGACUGGGGCGAAGGUUCACCUUCCAACAGGACAACGACCCUAAGCACACAGCCAAGACAACGGAGGAGUGGCUUUGGGACAAGUCUCUGAAUGUCCUUGAGUGGCCCAGCCCGUGCCCGGACUUGAACCCGAUCUAAAUCUCUGGAGAGACCUGAAAAUAUCUGUGCAGUUACGCUCCCCAUCCAACCUGACAAAGAUUGAGAGGAUCUGCGGAGAGGAAUGGGAGAAACUCCCCAAAUACAGGUGUGCCAAACUUGUAGCGUCAUUGGUAGAGCAUGGCGUGGUCCUCUGUAGCUCAAUUGGUAGAGCAUGGCGCUUGUAACGCCAGGGUAGUGGGUUCGAUCCCUGGGACCACCCAUACGUAAAAAUGUAAGCACACAUGACUGUAAGUCGCUUUGGAUAAAAGCGUCUGCUAAAUGGCAUAUUAUUAUUAUAUUAUAUUAUUAUAUACCCAAGAAGAAAAAGGUGCUUCAACAAAGUACUGAGUAAAAGGUCUGAAUACUUAUGUAAAUGUUAUAUUUCCGUUUUUUAUUUUGAAUAAAUGUGCAAAAAUGUCUAAACCUGUUUUUGCUUUGUCAUUAUGGGGUAUUGUGUGUAGAUUGAUGAGGGAUAAAAACUAUUUAAUCAAUUUUAGAAGAAGGCUGUAAAGUAACAAAAUGUGGACAAAGUGAAGGGGUCUGAAUACUUUCUGAAUGCACUGUAUACACACGUGCAUACAUACUCCGGACUCCGACAUUGCUCGUCCUAAUAUUUCUAUAUUUCUUGAUUCCGUUCUUAAAUUGUUUUGAUUUGUGUGUAUUGUUAGAUAUUGCUGCACUGUUGGAGCUAGGAACACAAGCAUUUAGCUACAACCACAACAACCUCUGCUAAAUAUGUGUUUGCGAGCAUAAAAUUGUAUUUUGAUUUUGUACAGGGAAAUGUGAGUCUCGUUCACAUUCAGCUCGAUUUUCAAAUUGACAAGAAAAGCAUAGCUUUUUAUCAAUGGUUGAGACGAAGAUGGGGAAAAUCCAUUUAGCCUUGCAGGGUAAUGCCGGGUGUACACUACACGACUUUCAAAAUCCUAACAUCGCUGAGCCGCUCACAUGAAACAACCGUCUUUCGGCUUGUCAACGUAGUGGUGAUUUCACUAAACGAUGUGGCACAGAUCAAAGGAAAGGAAAGGGGGAUACCUAGUCAGUUGUACAACUGAAUGCAUUCAACUGAAAUAUCUCUUCCGCAUUUAACCCAACCCCUAAGAAUCAGUGAUGUGCGGGGGGCUGCCUUAAUCGACAUCCACGUCAUUGGCGCCUAGGGAACAGUGGCUUGCUAAGGUGUAGAACAACAUUUUUACCAUGUCAGGGGAUUCCAUCCAGCAACCAUUCGGUUACUGGCCCAAUACUCCUACCUGCCGCCCCACACACUAUAAGAUUCUUCACUUGGUCGUGAGGAUUCUUGAUACCACGCUGUCUCGCGAAAACAAAGAUGUGAUUGCAAACGUAUUCAGUCAAACAUUUGCGCUUGCCAUACAGAGUUGAAAUAUCUAGCCAAUACAUUUUUUUAUUGAAUAACAUUGCUUUUGAACUUCAGAGCAGUAACAAUUUGACACUUUGGGUUUGUUUAAAGGCAACUAGCUGCAAACACAUACUAGUCAUCGCUCCUGCUUGAAAGUCUUAAGGUUACCGAAUGUUAUCCCGGUUCUAUGAUAUGUGUGAGGUCUUUUACUUAUGGUCAGCGUCCCCUUUUAGGGGCGGAGUGUAGGAAGAUCCAACCACACAAUGUCUGUCAUAGACAGACAGGACAAACGGCCAAUAGUGGACCACACCACUUCCCAUAUUAGGGGCCGUAAUCCGCUCCCAUCUUCACUUCAAAGUACAUGUUCGUCUUCCUUAUGCAAAGCGUGAAGGGUAACUUGGUGAGAGACCUCACUCAUAAUAUCAUAGAACCAGGGUUACAUUAGGUAUCCUUAAGUUCUAUUUCAAUAACUUGUUCGGUCUCUCACUUAUGCCCCGUAGUGCUCGUAUACUGUCUAGACAGGAUAAAAUCUCAGAAGCCUCAAGACUAAGCACUGUAUGUGCUACGAGAGUGCAGUGAUGUAGUCAGUAGAACCUCAUGAAGGUAUGGGGGAUACCCCAACAUGCCACACUACAAAUCUCUUGACCAAAAAUGCCUUGAAUAAUGCCCAUUAUGUAACCAUACCUCUGGUGGAGUAAGCCCUCCGGAGGUGUAAACCCUUGCCAUUAUGACAGACUCCACUCAAUUUCAAUCAAUUUUAUUUUAUAUAGCCCUUCGUACAUCAGCUAAUAUCUCGAAGUGCUGUACAGAAACCCAGCCUAAAACCCCAAACAGCUAGUAAUGCAGGUGUAGAAGCACGGUGGCUAGGAAAAACUCCCUAGAAAGGCCAAAACCUAGGAAGAAACCUAGAGAGGAACCAGGCUAUGAGGGGUGGCCAGUCCUCUUCUGGCUGUACUUCUGGCCGUACUCCUGAGUGGCGCAGUGGUCUAAGGCACUGCAUCGCAGUGCUAACUGUGUCACUAGAGAUCCUGGUUCGAAUCCAGGCUCUGUCGCAGCCGGCCGCGACCGGGAGACUCAUGGGCGGCGCACAAUGGCCAGCGUCGUCCAGGGUAGGGGAGGGAAUGGCCGGCCGGAUGUUGCUCAGUUGAUAGAGCAUGGCGUUGCAACGCCAGGUUGGGUUCGAUUCCCACGGGGGGCCAGUAUAAAAAAAAAAAUGUAUUCACUAACUGUAAGUCGCUCUGGAUAAGAGCGUCUGCUAAAUGACGUAAAUGUAAAAUGUAAAUGGCUGUGCCGGGUGGAGAUUAUAACAGAACCAUGCCAAGAUGUUCAAAAAUGUUCAUAAGUGACAAGCAUGGUCAAAUAAUAAUCAGGAAUAAAUCUCAGUUGGCUUUUCAUAGCCGAUCAUUAAGAGUUGAAAACAGCAGGUCUGGGACAGGUAGGGGUUCCAUAACCGCAGGCAGAACAGUUGAAACUGGAAUAGCAGCAAGGCCAGGCGGACUGGGGACAGCAAGGAGUCACCACGGCCGGUAGUCCCGACGUAUGGUCCUAGGGCUCAGGUCUCUCAGUUGGCUUUUCAUAGCCGAUCAUUAAUAGUUGAAAACAGCAGGUCUGGGACAGGUAGGGGUUUCGUAACCGCAGGCAGAACAGUUGAAACUGGAAUAGCAGCAAGGCCAGGCGGACUGGGGACAGCAAGGUGUCAGCAUGCCCGGUAGUCCUGACGUAUGGUCCUAGGGCUCAGGUUCUCAGAGAGAAAGAGAGAACGAGAGAAUUAGAGAGAGCAUACUUAAAUUUAAAUUCACACAGGACACUGGAUAAGACAGGAGAAGUACUCCAGGUAUAACCAACAGUAUAACCACUGUCCAUAGGGCCCAAGAUACAAAGAUCUGAUCGCUCUAGUAGGGCUCUCGUCCUGUCCAUGUAGAUGCGCACUGGACACAAGUGGUGGGUGAAAAGCCAACAGCUCUUAAAAUUAUGCAAUUAUAAGCACCACUGAUUUUUAGACACAAAAAACGGGGUUAGGUUGUAAAGCAACCUUGGAUAACCCGGGGGAAAAGUGUAGGCUGUAAGUGGUGAACUGACGGUGCUUGCAGCUUUCCCGCUUGGUAUGCAGAUGCAAUGGCUAAUAGUGAAGUGGUUCUAAACUAGAAAUCUCAUUCCUAUCUUUUGCAGCAGCUCGAACGUCGGCUGUGAAAUGGCCUCAAGCAUAAGACACAUCCCAGGAUGGGACUAGCGCUUUGGAUAAUGAGCGUAAGCGACGCGCCCCCUGCGUAAAACAACAGAUCAAGGGCCGUUUCCCCACUGUAUUGUUGUUGAAACCAAAUGGCAGGCAGUCCAAACACUCGCCACUCAUUGCCAUAUAGUGAGCAUGUGGCAAGGGGUCUAGCGCUCUGCACAACUUUCAGCGGUAGAGCUGUCUAUUAACUGUCAUUCUCUCGCUGGUCAGGCUCAAAGUGCCACCAUGCCUGGGAGGGGAUUGAAGAUCUCUGUUUGUUUGGAUCGGCCGAUCCCUGGGUCAGCUGCCAGGGUGUAGGCUGAGUACAUCUGCCUACGGCUGAAAAUUGCGAUACUUGGUAAUGGAAAGACCGGGAAGCUAGGCGUGUGGAAUGCAAUUUUCCACCUAGAGCAAUUUCACGAGUUGUCACAAGAAUGUUAUCUCAAUGGUUGAAGUCAAACACUUCUUAAAUCUUUGUUUAAUUUAUUUAAACUAAGCGAUUUACAACCUUUUGGGAAUUAUUCAAAGACCCAAUUCUGCUCAUGGUCAGCAUAUUUAUUCAUGAGAGCGCUCUGCAACAAAAUGGUCGUACAAUAUUUUUAUACGCACACGUCAGAGGAAGAAUCCGCUGUAGGCGGGCUGUAUUUUUCCACUGUACACAUCUUGUAAGUCCACACCUGGGUUUAGCUCAUGUGCUCUCCUGACCAUCAGGUCACACACACACACACACACACACACACACACAUGUUCUUAUCAUAGUCUGCUCCUUGCUCGGGCAGGCUGCAUUCCUCAGUUAUCGCCGUCCUCACAAUACCCUGCAACAUGUUUCAUAUUCUCUUCCAAGCCUAACAGUUUCUCUCCUCCCUAAAUUGGGAGGCCUCCAUCUUGGUUUCUCAGUUGUCUGUAGCCAGUUCUCCUUGUCCUUUGUUGUCUGGUCUAACUCCUACUCACAUUGCUAAAUAGUAACACAAUGUCAUAAUUUUUACUGGUCUUACACACACACACACAUUAUUAGAUUAUAGUCUCAGGAUUCUAACACAUUUCAUAAAGUGGAGUGUAAUAAAUAGUCAUUACAAGUGUACCCCCGUUAUAGGCUAUUGCUCCUGCACCCAAAUGAGCAAGCUGAUGACUGCUAGAUUCUCCCACAGUGGAGAGGCUAGAUAUUUUUAUCAGUUAUAGCAAGAGUGCACAUACAGGGGAGUAGAGCUGAAGAUCUGUAACAUAGGCAUAGCCCUUUGAAGCACAACAGAUGUUCCGUUCCGAUAGUUGUUUAGCCACCAUACCAUAUUAGUAUUUUUUGCUAAUUGUAGGCUGUUGUCUGUAGGCUAAUUUUUGUGUAACAACGUGCGAAAUAAUGUGCCAAAACUUGAUUUAGUACAUUAUUAUACGGUAAACAUUAGAAUAAGCUGCUUCUAUAUUUGUAGCCAAUAUUUGUAAUAUAUUUUCUAAGAGCUGAUCUGUCGUCAGUAUUGUGGAAUAAUUAAGGUAAGAUUUGAAUGGAGAACGCUGAUCUGAGAGCAGCGCUGCCUUUCUUUUGAUCCUAUCAGUAUCGAUACGAUGCCUCAACAACACACUUAGCAUUGCAUUUUACAUCUUGGGCCGUUGUAGGAAAGAUGCAUCGUUAAAACACUCAUAAGCCUAAGUUCCAUCGCUAUCGGGACACCGGGCCCUGAGCAGAUAGUCAUCCUGUUUGCGUGAACCAAGAGCAGGGUACAAGGAAUGGGACUGUGAAGUGCGAUAGGCCGCAAACAGCUAUGUCCUCUUUGUCCAAGAACUGAGAUGUAGUGUGAAAACUACUCACGUUCCCUGGCUCUCAUAAAGAAUGCAGUGCAAUCCUUUAGCAAUGGAGCCGGGUUGCCAAAGUCCCCCAGAACCGAAGACAGACGAGCGCGUUCGUAUAUCAGACUGAAUCCUAUGGUCCCCAAGCAAACCAAGUAUACCAUCCAUGGGGAGACUGCGCAUGUCUUCCCCAGCUGGUGGGGUUUCUAGGUGCUGAGACUAUUGUAAGCCUGAGGCAAGAAUGCCAACUGUUGGUGUACAGCGUUUUCCACUAGCGCCAUUCGUCAGCUAUACAGCCGAUUAGUCAUUUUCAGCCAGGUACUUUUUCCACUUAAAUUAACUAGGCUACUUUUCAAAUCGCUAGUCAGAAAAAAGUCUGCGGAGCCCUCUCCCACUAGAAUGUACAAUAUGCCUCUUCUAGCGAUCUAUUGAUGGGACAGGUCCCUGUCAGUCACAAAGUGAGCGAUGACAGGGAAACACUGCUGGUGUGACAGUCUGCUGUCUGUCCUGCCUAUCAGUACCUGUGUGUGUUGUGUGCGUCUAAUUUCUUUACACUGAGUUUGCAUGAGUUUGCACGUCCCAUAUAAUGUGGUAACGAUGUGUCAAUCCACUUAGCCUAUUGUUUUCUGGCACGUUAAAGAUGGCCCGCUGGCUCGGUGCCAAUAAAAACAUGUCGUGCCAGUGGAUCUCGUCAGUAACCUUUUCAUUCAAUUUAACAUUUACCUGCUCUGUCGCUGUCUACCAUUGAAGACAACACACGUAAAUGUCAUGCUAUUUGUAUUUGAGCAAUAUGAUUGGCCGCUCAUUCAAGCACCACCACGCUCCCACGAGUUACAACCUCUCGAGCACUCCAUGAGUUGAUACCUUCACACGGCACACGCAAGCUGUCCAGAGCAAAAAGAAGCGCCCAUCAAUCUACUCGCUGAGCUUAUUUCUUUUAGGGAAGGUGAUUUACAAAAGUAAACCUUCAAUAGUGAACGUACUAGCAAUAUGCUGACUACUGUUGAUAGUGUGCAAAAAGAAAGCUACAAAGAGACACCUAGCAUUCAUCUUGGCUAGCCAUGUCUAUCUCUUUUGGAACGUUUAUCUUAAAGGAGCAGCGGCCUUUUUCAAAUCUUCUCAAUGACAUACUUUAGAAACAAAUGAAUGCAAUUAAUACUAAAGAAUAGAGUAAUGACUGGCAUUGCUACAUUAUAUUACACAGCUUUUAAUACAUAUCAUAAUAACCAAAUGUAGCCUAUUAAUUGCUGAAUAUAUAUAUAUAUAUACAGACACAGUGGGGGGAAAAAAGUAUUUAGUCAGCCACCAAUUGUGCAAGUUCUCCCACUUAAAAAGAUGAAAGGCCUGUAAUUUUCAUCAUAGGUACACGUCAACUAUGACAGACAAAAUGAGAUUUUUUUUCUCCAGCAAAUCACAUUGUAGGAUUUUUAAUGAAUUUAUUUGCAAUUAUGGUGGAAAAUAAGUAUUUGGGCAAUAACAAAAGUUUCUCAAGACUUUGUUAUAUACCCUUUGUUGGCAAUGACACAGGUCAAACGUUUUCUGUAAGUCUUCCCAAGGUUUUCACACACUGUUGCUGGUAUUUUGGCCCAUUCCUCCAUGCAGAUCUCCUCUAGAGCAGUGAUGUUUUUGGGCUGUCGCUGGGCAACACAGACUUUCAACUCCCUCCAAAUAUUUUAUAUGGGGUUGAGAUCUGGAGACUGGCUAGGCCACUCCAGGACCUUGAAAUGCUUCUUACGAAGCCACUCCUUCGUUGCCCGGGCGGUGUGUUUGGGAUCAUUGUCAUGCUGAAAGACCCAGCCACGUUUCAUCUUCAAUGCCCUUGCUGAUGGAAGGAGGUUUUCACUCAAAAUCUCACGAUACAUGGCCCCAUUAAUUAUUUCCUUUAAACGGAUCAGUCGUCCUGGUCCCUUUGCAGAAAAACAGCCCCAAAGCAUGAUGUUUCCACCCCCAUGCUUCACAGUAGGUAUGGUGUUCUUUGGAUGCAGCUCAGCAUUCUUUGUCCUCCAAACACGACGAGUUGAGUUUUUACCAAAUUACAUUAUGACAUUCUCCCAAUCCUCUUCUGGAUCAUCCAAAUGCACUCUAGCAAAAUUCAGACGGGCCUGGACAUGUACUGGCUUAAGCAGGGGGACACGUCUGGCACUGCAGGAUUUGAGUCCCUGGCGGCGUAGUGUGUUACUGAUGGUAGGCUUUGUUACUUUGGUCCCAGCUCUCUGCAGGUCAUUCACUAGGUCCCCCCGUGUGGUUCUGGGAUUUUUUUUUUUCUUGUGAUCAUUUUGACCCCACAGGGUGAGAUCUUGCGUGGAGCCCCAGAUCGAGGGACAUUAUCAGUGGUCUUGUAUGUCUUCCAUUUCCUAAUAAUUGCUCCCACAGUUGAUUUCUUCAAACCAAGCUGCUUACCUAUUGCAGAUUCAGUCUUCCCAGCCUGGUGCAGGUCUACAAUUUUGUUUAUGGUGUCCUUUGACAGCUCUUUGGUCUCGGCCAUAGUGGAGUUUGGAGUGUGACUGUUUUGAGGUUGUGGACAGGUGUCUUUUAUACUGAUAACAAGUUCAAACAGGUGCCAUUUAAUACAGGUAACGAGUGGAGGACAGAGGAGCCUCUUAAAGAAGAAGUUACAGGUCUGUGAGAGCCAGAAAUCUUGCUUGUUUGUAGGUGACCAAAUACUUAUUUUCCACCAUAAUUUGCAAAUAAAUUCAUAAAACAUCCUACAAUGUGAUUUUCUGGAAUUUGUUUCUCUCAAUUUGUCUGUCAUAGUUGACGUGUACCUAUGAUGAAAAUUACAGGCCUCUCAUCUUUUUAAGUGGGAGAACUUGCACAAUUGGUGGCUGACUAAAUACUUUUUUCCCCCACUGUAUAUAUAUAUAUAUAUAUAUAUAUAUAUAUAUAUAUAUAUAUAUAUAUAUAUAUAUAUAUAUAUAUAUGAGAGAGAGAAAGCAUGACCCCAAUGCAUUUAAGAACUACACCAUGUUUAGGCCAGUAGAUUUUUGGCCAACUGGCCCAACCAGGCCAGUUAGGAAAAAAAGUUACUGUUGGACACUGGGGUGUUUCAUAUGCGGUCACGGAGUGUUGGCGCAUAGGCUAUUUACUGUGCUUUGAUUGACAAACCACAAGCUUGAGUAGUUUAUUAAAGGUGUCGAACUGACUGAAUAAAGUCGAUCUCGUAUACCUUUGCCAUUCAUAAAUCAUACAAUAUAGUUAUAUGUCCAUAUCAUCGUAUAAAGAUCUCGUUUGUCCAUCAGGACUUACCAGACAAUGACAAAGUGAGUGACUGGUCAGUAGUAUCCCGAAUUGCAUCGAUAAGAGAGCUGUUCAUUUGGCUCCAUAAUUUGCAUACUGAUAGGCUUUUUGGUGAUUAUCUGCAGAUAAAUUAUGAUGAAGAUGGUGAAUCCUCCUCACUGCAGGAACAAUAGGUAGGCUAGUGGAAAAAGCCUCACUCGGGUCCAAAAGAAAAUAUUAAAAUGUUUUAAAAGCUAUUGAUAAUUAUAUGGUAUUUUCAAAGAUAUUGAGAUAUUGUAGGUCUACUGAUUUAAUCAAAGUGUUGACAAUGGAGUAGAAAACUGCUGCUUUCUGUGUAGCAAAGCCCAUGUUUAACACCUGCUUCAUUCUUCAAUCAUACUUGUAUUGCAGAUAGCUGAGAAAAAUGACCCUUAAAGGGAAGCUUGAACAAAGUGAAACUCCCAACCCUACCACUGUGUAGCGAGGUCAAAAACAAGAGCCACUGUAUAGUGGAUAGGCAUAACAAACGUCAAAUCAAAUGUGAUUUGUCACAUGCGCUGAAUCGAAUACAACAGGUGUAGACCUUACAGUGAAAUGCUUACUUACAAGCCCUUAACCAACAAUGCAGUUUUAAGAAUACAACAACAAAAAUCACACACACAAAUACAAUAUAAAGUAAUACGAAAUAAAAGUAACAAAAUUAAAGAGCAGCAAUAAAAAUAACAAUAGCGAGGCUAUAUACAGGGGGUACCGGUACCGAUUCAAUGUGCGGGGGCACCGGUUAGUCGAGGUAAUUGAGGUAAUAUGUACAUUUAGGUAGAGUAUUAAAGUGACUGCAUAGAUGAUAAACAGAGUAGCAGCAGCAUAAAAGAGGGGGGAGGGGGGGCAAUGCAAAUAGUCUGGGUAGCCAUUUGAUUAGAUGUUCAGGAGUCUUAUGGCUUGGGGGUAGAAGCUGUUUAGAAGCAUCUUGGACCUAGACUUGGCGCUCCGGUACCUCUUGCCAUGCGGUAGCAGAGAGAACAGUCUAUGACUAGGGUGCCUGGAGUCUUUGACAAUUUUUAGGGCCUUCCUCUGACACCGCCUGGUAUAGAGGUCCUGGAUGGCAGGAAGCUUGGCCCCAGUGAUGUAUUGGGCCGUAAGCACUACCCUCUGUAGUGCCUUGUGGUCGGAGGCCGAGCAGUUGCCCUACCAGGCAGUGAUGCAACCAGUCAGGAUGCUCUCGAUGGUGCAGCUGUAGAACGUUUUGAGGAUCUGAGGACCCAUGCCAAAUCUUUUCAGUCUCCUGAGGGGGAAUAGGUUUUGUCGUGCCCUCUUCACGACUGUUGGUGUGCUUGGACCAUGUUACUUUGUUGGUGAUGUGGACACCAAGGAACUUGAAGCUCUCAACCUGCUCCACUACAGCCCUGUCGAUGAGAAUGGGGGCGUGCUUGGUCCUCUCCUUUUUCCUGUAGUCCACAAUCAUCUCCUUUGACUUGAGCACGUUGAGGGAGAGGUUGUUGUCCUCACAACACACAGCCAGGUCUCUGACCUCCUCCCUGUAGGCUGUCUCGUCAUUGUCGUGAUCAGGCCUACCACUGUUGUCUCAUCGGCAAACUUGAUGGUGUUGGAGUCGUGCUAGGUAUUCUUCCGUAUCAACCCGUUCUACCUAGAGAGAUGUCUACGCUGAACUGGAGAGAGUGUAGGGCAGGGAGCACCGAGUGCUGUGUGAACUGCCUCUCUCAUAGGCUAGGGAGCUACUCCUAGGCUUUCCAGUCCUCCAGCCUACCAGGGGGCUUGAGAGGUCUGAAUUUCGCUGUGAUUGCAGCAAAGGACUGUGUCCGGGUCUGCCCUGGUUCUGGGGCUUUGCCUGGGUAUUAACAGUCUGCUUCGAGAUCAGGGGUUUAAGGCUCUUGAUGCUUAUCCGUUGUCCCCUUCCAAAUAACCCCACUGGGCGUUUUAGUACAGUACCCAACAAUCUGCCACGGGGCCUGGGUCUACAGGGUAUGGGGAACUCGAAAACUUUCCAACGGAUUUUGCAUUUCUGACGCAUGUCAGUGACCGAUUCCCCAACAAUCCACUGAGUGGAAUUGGGGCAUCCAAGAGGCCAAGUUUUUCCCUGACCGUAAGACUUGACAAGUCCAGCCGAAGGGCCCUCUCUCCUACUACCGGCAAGGAUCAUGUUACGGACACAGCUCUGUAUGCCGUCCCGAGAGGUGCCUUGCCAUGUUUUCCUCGAAUUGAUAAGCCGUAAGUAAUGUGGACACGUUAAGUGCUUUGACCAAAUGGGUUGCAUUUCUGUACAUCUUAUGACAAAUGGUGGCGGAAAAGCGUCCCAUCUUGUCCGAAAGGGAGGUGUUAACCCACUGGAAACCGGACUCCUCCUACCGUGGUUCCCCUACCCUGAAUGUUCAGGGUAGGGGAACCAAUAGGAGAUAGUCUACUGGAGAAAGGCUUUUCCCAGAACCUUUUCACCUCCCUUAGGCAAGCCGCGAACACCGGAAUGCUAAGUUUGGUUGGGCCGUUUGUGGUGGGAGUCUCCUCCCAUCGUACAAAUCCCUGCCUCCCCCUUGGUCCGGCGUGACAUUCGACCACUCGAUGCGGAGUUUUGGAGGGAGGAAGUGGGGGCUCCCCCUCAUUUGCUCCAUCCUCAGGCUCAAAGUUGGAGAAGCUGCUAUUAGCAUGAGCCUCGUCAUCUCCUAUCUUUCUCUCUCACGAGAUCAUGUCUUCGGUAAAUGAGGGAAGAGAAUCAAGGUUAUCCAUCACCUCCGCCCAGCUGGGUACAGACCAGUGCUUGUCCCCUAUCCUGGAGGGUGGCUCGGAGGCGGGGGUGCCCGGAGCAGUAACAGUUUUUUUGAGUCUCCUUCUCUGGCUAACCUUAGACAGUGUGCUGCAGUGCAGACAAGACUCUGGGUGGUCGACUGCCUCUCGAGCAGAGAGGAUGCUCUUUCUCUGAGAUGCGAGAGCCGCAGGGGGCAGAGAUGGGGCUCGGGGUGCUGUCUUGGGUCAUCCGUGGAGGGGCUACAAGCCUGCAGUAAGCCGGAGAGCACCGCAAGGUGGAGUUGCUCUACAGGCUAGCAGUGGUGUAAAGUGCUUAAAUAAAAAUACUUGAAAGUACUACUUAAGUAGUUUUCUGGGGUAUCUGUACUUCACUAUUUACUCCACUACAUUCCUAAAGAAAAUCAUGUACUUUUUACUCCAUACAUUUUCCCUGACACCCUAAAGUACUUGUUACAUUUUGAAUGCUUAGCAGGACAGGAAAAUGGUCCAAUUCACACACUUAUCAAGAGAAAACCCCUACUGCAUCUUAUCUGGCGGAUUCACUGAACAUGCAUGCUUCGUUUGUAGAUUAUGUCUGAGUGUUGGAGUGUGCCCCUGGCGAUCCGUAUUUUUUUAUUUAUAUAAUAGUGCCGUCUGGUUUGCUUAAUAUAAGGAAUGUGAAAUGAUUUUACUUUUAUUUUUGAUACUUAAGUAUAUUUUAGCAAUUAUAUUUACUUUUGAUACUUAAGUAUAUUUAAAACCAAAUACUUUUAGACUUUUACUCAAGUGGUAUUUUACUGGGUGACUUUUACAUGAGUCAUUUUCUAGUAACGUAUCUUUACUUUUACUCAAGUAUGACAAUUGGGUACUUUUUACACCACUGUAAGCUAAAGGCCUCUCGACCGCAGUGCCGGAAGGUAGAAUCGGUCAACCUAGCCAGUGAGGGCGCUGGUAAGCUAGAUGGUAGAAGAAUACUAUUGUGCAAGUAGAGCGAGCUAGCGAAGGAGCUUGUUCUAGUUGUGUGGUUUGCCAAUGUUUAGCUGUGUAGCCAGCUAGUCCUGGCUUUUAGCUAGCCAGAUAUCUAGCGUUCACCUUGAGGGUUAGUAGACUAGCCAUAGCAAGCCCACUGCCAGCUGAAUAGAAUGUGCAUUCUUCGUUAGCUAGCUAGGUUAGCUUAGUGUGGCUAAUCAAAUCUUAUUUCGUUCCACCUUGGUGAGAAUAAGCAGCACGAAGUAGGUAACUAAGUGGGCUUGUAGGGCAAGAGCUAGCUGUGUUGCACUAGCUGAGCCAGAGACUGAGAAGUAGCUGUCGUGUGAGCUCAGUCCUCUUGACGAGAAGCUGCUGUCCUACGCUCGGUGGUGGAGUCCUUGACGGUCCAUCUGUGAACAGGUAAGUAGGAGCGCAGAGGUCCAAGUCAGUAGCUGAAGAGAAUAGAGGAUCUUAAUCAAAUCCGUAAGGAAGACCAAAAAAGUUAAGAUGGGAGCGGACUACAUACUAUAAUGUGAAGUGGAGUGGUCCACUAUUGGUCGUUGCUUCUGUCUGUCUACGAGAGACGUGUGAUUGGAUCUUCCUGGACUCUGCACUCACUGGCUUCUUAUCUGGUGAGCUCUCAUUGGCUAUUGCUGACCACCGUUGUCAAAACUUGUCUUUGCACAUCUCACACUACAAGAGCAUUGCAGAUUUUGUGCCGAUAAAAUAAAACGUUUGAAAAUAUUUGGAUGGCUCAAAGACUGGAUCGGUAGCCCUCAGAUUGCGUCUCUGAGGGAGGAGAAUUAACGGUGACAAUAAACGAGCGUCGGUGAUGGCCGCAUGCUCGUAGGCAAUGACAUGGGGAUUUUGUCUUCAAUCUCUAAAACUUGUCUGGGACAGCUAAAUCGGGGCCAAAAUCGUGUAGUGUACAUCCGGCUUAAGGGUUUUGUUCAAGAGAAGAGAUGCGGAAUAUAGAGUUCCGGCCCUCAGAAUUGAUUAGGCCAAGAUAUGUUUUUAGAAAGAACAGAGCAUUGUCCCUAAUACCCCUAAUACCCCACCAUCCCGUCUGCAGUGUAUUGACUGGCAUACUUUAAGGUCUGGAGUGCCUUUUCCCCUCUUAUGAGAUCAGUAGUAGUGGCCUUAGAUACUGAGAUGAACCUUGUUUUCAAUCGCAGCUCUGGGCCGAAAUUUAACGGUGGUUCCAGAGGGAAGAUUGGCCCUCCACCAGUCAUCAAGCUAAGGUUUCUAUUACACUAUUUUCUGUUGUUUGUGUGGGUAGUUUUGUGCUGUGUAUGUGACAAUGCGAUUAAUCAACUCAAAUAGAUGCUAAUGGAGCCCAUUCUUUCAGCCGAAGACGUUCCAGAAGCCGAAGCCCUUUCAAGAAAGAGAAGAGUCCUGUGAGGCAAGUGUUCCUUGGGGAGAUGACGCAUAAGAACUCAAUCAGGUUGACAUUCCACUUUUAAAGCUUGUGUACCCUUGUUCGACAAAGUAGGCUUACCAUUUUUAUAAUACCUCGUGGACAGACAUAUGUAACGUAAAUGGUAUCGUAACAUCUGUCACCAGACUAGGAUUCAAAACGUAGACCCACAGUAGAUUUGACCGAAACUUGCAGAGAGGAGCUGGCACAAGAUUUUUGUUCUGGAUUACUGAGAUUUACCAUUUUGCUGACAAAAUAUAGUAAAAUAAAUACACAAGUGCUUUUACAAGAUUGGGGCUACUGAAAGACGAAAAAUGGCUUUACCUCAUAAGAGUAAUUCAAUGCUUUGUUUCUACAGGCAGCCAAUAGACAACCUGACUCCAGAGGAAAGGGACGCUCGGACAGUGUUCUGCAUGCAGCUGGCAGCCAGAAUCCGACCACGAGACCUGGAGGAGUUCUUCUCUGCAGUGGGAAAAGUGAGUAUCUCUGCUUGUAAUGUCAUUGUCAUUCCUGCUGAAAAAUAUGUGGCCACAGAUUUGCAAAGCAUUUGCACCAGGUGAGAAGUUUGCACCAGUUUUUUAAGAAAGAUAUUUAACACCAAAGUAAAACAUGAAACUUUGCAAUUUACAAUAGGGUUUUAAUUAUUUCUUCUACCCUUUUUGUUCAAACCUCCAUUUUAUUUUGAAAAGAUAGGUGUUGUACCUGAUGCAAAUGCUUGUUUAAAAAAUAUAUAUAUAUAUUUAGGUGUUAUUCACAGCCAACAAGAGCAAUGGAUUUAGCAAUGUAUUUUUCUCUUAUGCCUAAACCAGCCAUUCUAAAACAGAUUAUUUUUGUUCUUUUUGAAGGUGAGAGAUGUGCGCAUGAUCUCUGACAGAAAUUCGAGGAGGUCGAAGGGGAUUGCUUACAUCGAGUUUGUGGAGGCCAACUCGGUGCCACUGGCUAUAGGAUUGUCUGGCCAGCGACUUCUGGGGGUGCCAAUAAUUGUUCAGGCCUCACAGGUAAUGGUCAGUAAUCAUCACAGGGAUUGUAUGUUUUCUAUUUAUUUUAACUAGGGCUGUCAAUGUUAACGCGUUAAUUACAGUUAACUUUUGAAAUCUUAAUGCCAUAUAUAAAAAAUAACUAAUUGAAAAAUAUCAACUGCCCCUAAAAACCAACUUCUCAUUUAGAAAACAGCCUAUGUGUCAUCAAUAUGAGUCAAACAUUUAUUCUACUGUCAAAAUUGACUACAAAGUGUAAAUAGAAUAAUUCUAGUCAUAAAGUCAGUCUCGUCCAAAACAUUUUGUGAGACUGCUGGUCUUCAAAUCAAAUUGUAUUGGUCACAUACACGUGUUUAGCAAAUGUUAUUGCGGGUGUAGCGAUAUGCUUGUGUUUUUAGCUCCUACAGUGCAGUAAUAUCUAACAAUUUCACAACAUAUACCCAAUACACACAAAUCUAAGUAAAGCAAUGUAAUUAAGAAUAUAUAAAUAAAUAUAUGGAUGAGCAAUGUCAGAGCGGCAUAGACUAAGAUACAGUAGAAUAGUAUAGAAUACAGUAUAUACAGUUAGGGAAAAGUAUUUGAUCCCCUGCUGAUUUUGUACGUUUCCCACUGACAAAGACAUGAUCAGUCUAUAAUUUUAAUGGUAGGUUUAUUUUAACAGUGAGAGACAGAAGAACAACAAAAAAAUCCAGAAAAUCGCAUGUCAAAAAUGUUAUAAAUUGAUUUGCAUUUUAAUGAGGGAAAUAAGUAUUUGAUCCCUCUGCAGAACAUGACUUAGUACUUGGUGGCAAAACCCUUGUUGGCAAUCACAGAGGUCAGACGUUUCUUGUAGUUGGCCACCAGGUUUGCACACAUCUCAGGAGGGAUCAUUAAGGUUUCGAGGUUGACGUUUGGCAACUCGAACCUUCAGCUCCCUCCACAGAUUUUCGAUGGGACUAAGGUCUGGAGACUGGCUAGGCCACUCCAGGACCUUAAUGUGCUUCUUCUUGAGACAAUCCUUUGUUGCCUUGGCUGUGUGUUUUGGGUCAUUGUCAUGCUGGAAUACCCAUCCACGACCCAUUUUCAAUGCCCUGGCUGAGGGAAGGAGGUUCUCACCCAAGAUUUGACGGUACAUGGCCCCGUCCAUCGUCCCUUUGAUGCGGUGAAGUUGUUCUGUCCCCUUAGCAGAAAAACAACCCCAAAGCAUAAUGUUUCCACCUCCAUGUUUGACGGUGGGGAUGGUGUUCUUGGGGUCAUAGGCAGCAUUCCUCCUCCUCAACAGCGAGUUGAGUUGUUGCCAAAGAGCUCGAUUUUGGUCUCAUCUGACCACAACACUUUCACCUAGUUCUCCUCUGAAUCAUUCAGAUGUUCAUUGGCAAACUUCAGACGGGCCUGUAUAUCUGCUUUCUUGAGCAGGGGGACCUUGCGGGUGCUGCAGGAUUUCAGUCCUUCACGGCGUAGUGUGUUACCAAUUGUUUUCUUGGUGACUAUGGUCCCAGCUGCCUUGAGAUCAUUGACAAGAUCCUCCCGUGUAGUUCUGGGCUGAUUCCUCACCGUUCUCAUGAUCAUUGCAACUCCACGAGGUGAGAGCUUGCAUGGAGCCCCAGGCCGAGGGAGAUUGACAGUUAUUUUGUGUUUCUUCCAUUUGCGAAUAAUCGCACCAACUGUUGUCACCUUCUCACCAAGCUGCUUGGCGAUGGUCUUUGUAGCCCAUUCCAGCCUUGUGUAGGUCUACAAAAUGUCCCUGACAUCCUUGGAGAGCUCUUUGGUCUUGGCCAUGGUGGAGAGUUUGGAAUCUGAUUGAUUGAUUGCUUCUGUGGACAGGUGUCUUUUAUACAGGUAAGAAACUGAGAUUAGGAGCACUACCUUUAAGAGUGUGCUCCUAAUCUCAGCUCGUUACCUGUAUAAAAGACACCUGGGAGCCAGAAAUCUUUCUGAUUGAGAGGAGGUCAAAUACUUAUUUCCCUCAUUAAAAUGCAAAUCAAUUUAUAACAUUUUUGACAUGCGUUUUUCUGGAUUUUUUUGUUGUUAUUCUGUCUCUCACUGUUCAAAUAAACCUACCAUUAAAAUUAUAGACUGAUCAUUUCUUUGUCAGUGGGCAAACGUACAAAAUCAGCAGGGGAUCAAAUACUUUUUUCCCUCACUGUACAUAUGAGUAAUGCAAGAUAUGUAAACAUUUAUUAAAGUGGCCUGUGAUUUAUAAUCUAUGUAUAUUGGCAGCAGCCUCUAAUGUGCUAGUGAAGGCUAUUUAACAGUCUGAUGGCCUUGAGAUAGAAGCUGUUUUUCAGUCUCUCAGUCCCAGCUUUGAUGCACCUGUACUGACCUUGCCUUCUGGAUGAUAGCGGGGUGAACAGGCAGUGUCUCGGGUGGUUGUUGUCCUUGAUGAUCUUUUUGGCCUUCCUGUGACAUUGGGUGUGCUGUAGGUGUCCUGGAGGGAAGGCAGUGUGCCCCCUGUGAUGCGUUGGGCAGACCCCACCACCCUAUGGAGAGCGCUGCGGUUGCGGACGGUGCAGUUGCCGUACCAGGUGGUGAUGCAGCCCGGCAUGAUGCUCUCAAUUGUACAUCUGUAAAAGUUUGUGAGGGGGUUAGGCGGCAAUCCAAAUUUCUUCAGCCUCCUGAGGUUGAAGAGACGCUGUUGCGCCUUCUUCACCACACUGUCUGUGUGGGUGGACCAUUUCAGUUUGUCAGUGAUGUGUACGCCGAGGAUCUUGAAGCUUUCCACCUUCUCCACUGUGGUCCCGUCGAUGUGGAUAGGGGGGUGUUCACGAUCAUCUCCUUUGUUUUGUUGACGUUGCGUGAGAGGUUAUUUUCCUGGCACCACACUCCCAGAGCCCUCACCUCCUCCCUGUAGGCUGUCUCGUCAUUGUUUGUAAUCAAGCCUACGACUGUUGUCGUCUGCAAACCUGAUGAUUGAGUUGGAGGCGUGCUUGGCUACGCAGUCAUGGGUGAACAGGGAGUACAGGAGGGGGCUGAGGAUUCACCCUUGUGGGGCCCCUGUGUUGAGGAUCAGCGAAGUGGAAGUGUUUUUUCCUACCUCACCACCUGGGGGCAGCCCGUCAGGAAGUCCAGGACCCAGUUGCACAGGGCGAGGUUCAGACCCAGGGCCUCAAGCUUAAUGAUGAGCUUGGAGGGUAUUAUGGUGUUGAAUGUUGAGCUAUAGUCAAUUAACAGCAUUCUUACAUAGGUAUUCCUCUUGUCCAGAUGGUGUAGGGCAGUGUGAUGGCGAUUGCAUCGUCUGUGUAUCUAUUGGGGCGGUAAGCAAAUUGAAGUGGGUCUAGGGUGGCAGGUAAGGUAGAGGUGAUAUGAUCCUUGACUAGUCUCUCAAAGCAUUUCAUGAUGACAGAAGUGAGUGCUACGGGGCGAUAGUCAUUUAGUUCAGUUACCUUUGCUUUCUUGGAGACAGGGACAAUGGUGGCCAUCUUGAAGCAUGUGGGGACAGCAGACUGGGAUAGGGAGAGAUUGAAUAUGUCCGUAAACACACCAUCCGGCUGGUCUGCGCAUGCUCUGAGGACGCGGCUAGGGAUGCCACCUGGGCCGGCAGCCUUGCAAGGGGUAACACGCUUAAAUGUCUUACUCACGUCGGUCACGGAAAAGGAGAGCCCACAGUCCUUGGUAGCGGGCCGCGUCGGUGGCACUGUAUCCUCAAAGCGGGUGAAGGAGUUUAGCUUGUCCAGAAGCAAGACGUCAUGUCUGCGACGUGGCUGGUUUUGCUUUUGUAGUCCGUGAUUGUCUGUAGACCCUGCCACAUACGUCUUGUGUCUGAACCGUUGAUUUGCGACUCCACUUUGUCUCUGUACUGACGUUUUGCAUGUUUGAUUGCCUUGUGGAGGGAAUAACUACGCUGUUUGUAUUCUGCCAUAUUCCCAGUCACCUUGCCAUGGUUAAAUGCAGUGAUUCGCGCUUUCAGUUUUGCAUGAAUGCUGCCAUCUAUCCACGGUUUCUGGUUAGGGUAGGUUUUAAUAGUCACAGUGGGUACAACAUCUCCUAUACACUUCCUGAUAAACUCAGUCACCGUAUCAGUAUAUACUUCAAUAUUAUUCUCUGAAGCUACCCGGAUCAUAUCCCAGUCCGUGUGAUCAAUACAAUCUUGAAGCGUGGAUUCCGAUCAGUCAGACCAGCGUUGAAUAGUCCUUAGCAUGGUUACUUCCUGUUCGAGUUUCUGCCUAUAGGAAGGUAGGAGAAAAAUGCAGUCAUGGUCAGAUUUUCCGAAAGGAGGGCGGUGAUGGGCCUUGUUUGCAUCACGGAAGUUGGAGUAGCAGUGGUCGAGUGUUUUAGCAGCACGAGUACUACAGUCGAUGUGUUGAUAGAACUUGUGCAAUCUUUUCCUCAAAUUUGCUUUGUUAAAAUCCCCAGCUACAAUAAAUGCAGCCUCAGGAUAUGUGGUUUCCAGUUUGCAUAGAGUCCAGUGAAGUUCUUUGAGGGCCGUCGUCGUAUCGGCUUGAGGGGGGAUAUACACGGCCGUGACUAUAACUUAAGAAAAUUAUCUUGGGAGAUGUUAUGGUCGGCAUUUGAUUGAGGUAUUCUAUGUCGGGUGAACAAAAGGACUUGAGUUCCUGUAUGUUAUCACAAUUACACCAUGAGUUGGUAAUCUUAAAACAUACACCUCUGCCCUUCUGCUUCCCGGAGAGAUAUUUAUUCCUGUCUACGCGAUUAACUGAGAACCGAACUGGCUGGACCGACUCGGACAGUAUAUCCCGAGAGAGCCAUGUUUCCGUGAAACCGAGAAUGUUACAAUCUCUGAUGUCUCUCUGGAAAGGAACCCUCGCCCUGAGCUCAUCAACUUUAUUAUCCAGAGACUGAACAUUAGCGAGUAAUAUACUUGCCUCCUAAGUUGGACAAGAAGGCCGCUCCAAGUACCUCUCCUCUGGCGUUGUUUUGGGUCGGCCUCUGGAAUCAGUUCAAUUGCCCUGGGGGGUGCGAACAAAGGAUCCGCUUCAGGAACGUCGUAUUCCUGGUCGUAGUGCUGGUGAGUUACCGCCGCUUUGAUAUCCAAUAGAUAUUCCCGGCUGUAUGUAAUAACACAAACAAUUUUCUGGGCUAAAAACGUAAGAAAUAAUACAUAAAAAAAUAAAACACUGCAAAGUUUCCUAAGAGCUAGAAGCAAGGCAGCCCUCUCUGUCGGCGCCAUUUUAAGAAGUUGUGACUGCUUCACAACAUAAAUGAAGGUUGGGUUUGUUUCAGUCCUGCCCACAGCUGGCAGCACACAAGUGAUCAUCAAUUCAGAGUGCAGCUGCACACGACCCAAUCGUAAUACCUGUGGUAAAUUUUAGUUGACUUUGGAUAUCCUUAUGGGGCUAGUUAGGAACCAUUGGCAAAUUACACAAUGUACAUGGGACAAUGUGUUAACUAUAAAUUGUAGAAAUUCCUAUACAAAUAUUAAAAGCAUUGAAUGAGAACUAAAAGCUGUGCAACAUGAAAAGAUUGUCUCAUAUACAUUGUGUAAUUUAUUGACAGUCCCUAACUAGCCCCGGAGAUGGGCUAUCCAGAGUUAAAUGAAUUUUGCCACGGUCGCACACCAGCCAGCUGAAGCUAAUUGUCUAAAUAAUUUAGCUAACUCAUCCCACCUACGAACACACACACGAGCCACACACAUCAAACCACACCCUGAAACCAACUCACGUUUGAAUUCAGUCAUGGCCACAAGCAUUUCUUAAUUAACCAAAUCUAAAACGAGGCCAAAUCAUGAUCCUUUAAUCACAUCUCAAUUUUUUCAACCAAAGUCUGUUUCCACUCACAUUCCUUUGAGCUCACGCGCUCUGUGCUCUCGACAGAGCCUUUCUUGUGGUGCGGAAACCAUCCUUUAUGCGUGCAUCUUUCAGCCACAAAUUUAAGGAAAACUUACAGAAAGUUAAACCAUAAACACUUUUUCAUGCAUUUCUUUAGAACACAGCAAAAACGUUUUUUGCACAGAUGUAGCUAGCCAGUUAUGCUAGCUAGCGAACUAAAUGAGAUUGUUUAGAAUGCUAUGGCUGAUUGCCUCUAGAUUCAAUACUAAUUUCCCACAAUGAUUUGAAUCAAAACAGAACUUCAAUUCCAUUUAGCUUGUUGUGGUUCUCAGGUCAAAAGAUUUAAGCAAAUUAUCCUAAUUCUAGUACAGUAGCAGCUUGUGACUAGUUCAUGUUUGGCAUGGAUAAUAAGUAGCCUAGGCUAGAUCUAAUAGCUGUAUGAUGUUUUACAUGAACUUUUAUAUCAAACCUGCGGCGACUUCAACAAUUUCAGUUGAAUGAACAUUCAAAAAUUUUACAUUGAAACAUUAAACAUGUACUUUUUGUAAGGAUUACUGUGACUUUUUAGCGACAAUAUUCAAACUGAAAAUGACUUCGCUAUUCCUACUAAAUAUAGUAGAAAGUCUACAUGGCCAAUACAUUUUUUUGCGGCAGUUAAGACGCGAAACAGACAUUUACGUUCGCCGCACAAUACCUUCUCAGACUGUUAGCUAAUGUUAGCGAACGGUCGCUGCUAACACAAAACAAAUGGAAUAUGUUAACUAUUUCCCUUGUUGAACGCACUUCUGGCUGAGAUGUUAUUGUCUUAGAAAACAGUUUAUUUUGAGGUUCCGGUAAGGUUCUGUUGGCAUGCAAUGAAACGUAUGGCCUUUUCAUGGAUUUCUUUAGCAAAUUACUAUGAAUUAACAAACUAAUUUUCUAAAACUUCAUAAUACUAAACAUAAAAUACUUUCAGUAAGGUGUGGGACAUUCAUUGGUCAAUUACGCUCCAGCAGCUAGCAGGUCUAUUCCGCUCCAGCAGCUAGAAUUUGUCCGUCCACAAUUCAUCUGUGGGAACAUGGCGGCUAUCAAAACCAGACAACCGAAAAAGCUGCCGCUACUAUACGAGAGAUUGUUUGUGAGGAGAUUACCUCUGCCCUCGAUUUACAAGUAAUACCAGUAAAUUAAUCACUGGUAGUGCUCACUGCUAAAUUUGAUACCUAUUCAACCGAAGUGAAAAGUCUGGAGAAGACAGCCAAUGCGACAAAGGUGUGACUCCAUGACCUGAAAACAGCGCAAGCUAAGUUUGAAGAGAUAAUCAAACUCUUAAGAGAACUAGUUUUCGGUGGUACUUCAUGCUCUGGGCCCCAGUCUCACCACCCAAGGCUGGCUUUUUUUAAAAGAAGGUGGACACUAACAACACAAUACAAAUAACUGACCAGGCUCAAUGGCUUCAAGUGAUUCCUCUCAUCAAGACGAAUUCGACGAUGGAGCAUCUAUUAGCUACAUGGUGACGUUCAACCAUACGUUUCACCCGGGAAUAUAGCGAAGAGGACUCGAAACAAAGAGUUGGAUUUAGAUAACUUUAGAAGCUCAGCUACAGCCGAUGCCAACACCAAGAGGACAGGUGACAAAUACGGUGCCUAGCUAAGUAAGUAAUUUUUCCUGCAAGCCACCUAGCUAGCUAACUUUAGAAUUAUCUACUGAAACCUGUAUUGUGUAUUGCUGGUUAACAUACUAAUGUUUUACAGUGGGGGAAAUCAUUUAUAGCUUGUUAGGAAAUGUGUAACAUCAGCAACUACAAAUAAUUUUACUAGCUAGCUAUAUAAAAUAAUUGACGAGGGUUGACAUUGGUUAUGAUUAUGACCGUGGAUGCAUUUCAAUCUCACAAAAUUAUAGGCAUGAUGCAAGAUAGGAUUCCAAACAGAUUGUAUUGUAUAUCCAGCAAUAAUACAACAAUUUACUGUUUUGAAUCUCUAAUACUGAAGCUGGAUUUACUAUAAACAUAUUUGCUUAAGCAUGUCUGAUAGACAUGGCUGUAGGUAGAUACUGCCUGCCUACUUACCUAGGUACAUUUGAAUGGUCUGGUCACUGUGCAAAGAUUGAUGGUUAUGCCAUAUUUCUUUCUAUUAGGCUAGAUACUGUUGUAAAUUAUUAUUAUUAUAAAUGUAAUCUCUGUGCACAUGUAUGCAUGUUCAUCUAGUCUACCCUAAUGUUGAUGUUAUGCUGGCACAGUUCAACUGUCGUUCAAAAAAAAAAAAAAAAUAUAUAUAUAUAUAUAUAUAUAUAUAUAUAUAUUAUAUAUAUAUAUAUAUUAUAUAUACUGCUCAAAAAAAUAAAGGGAACACAAAAAUAACACAUCCUAGAUCUGAAUGAAUGAAAUAAUCUUAUUAAAUACUUUUUUCUUUACAUAGUUGAAUGUGCUGACAACCAAAAUCACACAAAAAUGAUCAAUGGAAAUCAAAUGUAUCAACCCAUGGUAGUCUGGAUUUGGAGUCACCCUCAAAAUUAAAGUGGAAAACCACACUACAGGCUGAUCCAACUUUGAUGUAAUGUCCUUAAAACAAGUCAAAAUGAGGCUCAGUAGUGUGUGUGGCCUCCACGUGCCUGUAUGACCUCCCUACAACGCCUGAGCAUGCUCCUGAUGAGUCUGUGGUGCAACGUGGCGUUGGUGGAUGGAGCGAGACAUGAUGUCCCAGAUGUGCUUAAUUGGAUUCAGGUCUGGGGAACGGGCGGGCCAGUCCAUAGCAUCAAUGCCUUCCUCUUGCAGGAACUGCUGACACACUCCAGCCACAUGAGGUCUAGCAUUGUCUUGCAUUAGGAGGAACCCAGGGCCAACCGCACCAGCAUAUGGUCUCACAAGGGGUCUGAGAAUCUCAUCUCGGUACCUAAUGGCAGUCAGGCUACCUCUGGCGAGCACAUGGAGGGCUCUGCGGCCCCCCAAAGAAAUGCCAACCCACACCAUGACUGACCCACCGCCAAACCGGUCAUGCUGGAGGAUGUUGCAGGCAGCAGAAUGUUCUCCACGGCAUCUCCAGACUCUGUCACGUCUGUCACGUGCUCAGUGUGAACCUGCUUUCAUCUGUGAAGAGCAUAGGGCGCCAGUGGCGAAUUUGCCAAUCUUGGUGUUCUCUGGCAAAUGCCAAACGUCCUGCACAGUGUUGGGAUGUAAGCACAACCCCCACCUGUGGACGUCGGGCCCUCAUACCACCCUCAUGGAGUCUCUGUUUCUGACCGUUUGAGCAGACACAUGCACAUUUGUGGCCUGCUGGAGGUCAUUUUGCAGGGCUCUGGCAGUGGUCCUCCUGCUCCUCCUUGCACAAAGGCGGAGGUAGCAGUCCUGCUGCUGGGUUGUUGCCCUCCUACGGCCUCCUCCAUGUCUCCUGAUGUACUGGCCUGUCUCCUGGUAGCGCCUCCAUGCUCUGGACACUACGCUGACAGACACAGCAAACCUUCUUGCCACAGCUCGCAUUGAUGUGCCAUCCUGGAUGAGCUGCACUACCUGAGCCACUUGUGUGGGUUGUAGACUCCGUCUCAUGCUACCACUAGAGUGAAAGCACCGGCAGCAUUCAAAAGUGACCAAAACAUCAGCCAGGAAGCAAAGGAACUGAGAAGUGGUCUGUGGUCACCACCUGCAGAACCACUUCUUUAUUGGGGGUGUCUUGCUAAUUGCCUAUAAUUUCCACCUGUUGUCUAUUCCAUUUGCACAACAGCAUGUGAAAUGUAUUGUCAAUCAGUGUUGCUCCCUAAGUGGACAGUUUAGAAAAUGCUCCGUUAUUAACAUAAAUACUUUUUUUGCUCCAUGAAGUAAUCCAACAAUGUGUACGCCACCAUCUUUUGUAUUUCAAACAAAGGGUAUAUAACAAAGUAUUGAGAAACUUUUGUUAUUGACCAAAUACUUAUUUUCCACCAUAAUUUGCAAAUAAGUUCAUAAAAAAUCCUACAAUGUGAUUUUCUGGAUUUCUUUUCCUCAAUUUGUCUGUCAUAGUUGACGUGUACCUAUGAUGAAAAUUACAGGCCUCUCUCAUCUUUUUAAGUGGGAGAACUUGCACAAUUGGUGGCUGACAAUACUUUUUUUCCCCCACUGUAAAUGUGCGAAGCCUGAUGUCUAAACUGGACUUUCUGGAUGUCUGGGUGCAUGACACUAGGCCAGACCUUCUGGUUAUCUCAGAGACCUAGCUGAAUAAUUCAGGACGUUGCCAUUGCGGACUACAACAUUUUCAGAUGGGAUGGAAUAAAAAGGGGGGAGGGGUGGCUAAUGCUCUCUUAGCAUCUCUGUCCCCAAAAUAUGUGAGCUGUUGGUUAUAAAAGUGGCAUAAGCCCAAAAAAAACUAACAAACUCCUCAUUGAUUGACCUUAACCUGACUAACUGUCGCCAUAAGUACUGUUCCCAUUUUGAACCAUUUCAUAUGUCUGAAGGUACAAACUGCCUUCCCGGUGGUCCCAUGGCGAGCAAAUCAAGUGCACUGUACUAUAGGCCUACCACUGGCCAAUCGGAUGGCUCAGAUUACCAUGUCUGCAGUAAUUUAGCAGGCGUGAAAGAAAGCUACAGCAAAGUUCAGAUUUCUAAACUUUUAAAACCAUGACUAUAGAGAAACUGUCAACAAAGAGCUGCUGUUUUUAUGAGUGAGUUCAUGUUUUUACUAAGCACUAUCAACACUUUCUAUUUAAUGCUUUUAUAAGCCAUAAAAUGUGCGUUCUCCCUACUUGGACUCGCGCUUCAACCAGCACUGCAGCUGCAAUUAAUGAGUAUGAAAGUGAAUCGAUGGGCUUGUAUUGUUGUUAUUAGCAGCUUGGGUAAUUUUUUAUAUCGAGGAAUAUUUCACUUUCUCUGGUCAUAGGAGUAACCACAUUUAAUUUGUGCAUGAGGCAGAAAUAAUGUGGUGUGACUUGAGUUUCGCCUUCAGCUGGAAGACGGUGUCCCUUUUUUGGUCAGUGUCAGUGGAGGAAAGGGAGAUCGGAGGGACGUUGAGAGACGGACCCUCUGCUGCCCUCCUUCUGUUGAGACUGACCAUCAGAUGCAGGCUCCAUCAGCCCAGUAAAAAAAAAACAAAGCAGAUUAUUAAAAUGUAUGCUCACUCAACUUUGCCGCACAAGUAAUAUAACAACUGAUCUGUUACCGGUGUGAUCAUAUAGCCUACCUCAAAUGUUGAAAUAUAUAUAUUUUUAAUGGUCUAAAAAGAACAACAAUGCAUUGACAGGCAAUUCAAGCAAAACCAAUAUGCAGUGAUAAUGUUUUGGGCCUAUAGCCUACUGCACAAACCUCAUUACUGUUGUUAAAGGGUUAAUGUUGCAUAGGCUUAUGUUUUUUAAGUCGUAAAAUAUAAAUGAACGGUAGAUCUCGGCGUGUAUUUUGACUCAAAGUGAUCUCGACUCAAAAAAGGUUGGAGACCACUGCUGUAGGCCAUGUCAUUCUGUUGAAUAAGCUGUCCUCGAUAGGGUUGGGUACUGAUGCUUGCUGAUUGUUUCAUAAUUAAAUCAGGCCAUCAAGGUAGAUGGGGUCAAAUCUGAGUUCCCUGAAUUACGUAAAGGGGUGCCCCAAUGUUCGAUACUCGGCCCACUACUGUUUACAAUACAGUGCCUUCGGAAAGUAUUCAGACCCCUUGACUUUUUCCACAUUUUGUUACUUUACAGCCUUAUUCUAAAAUGUAGCAAUCUACACACUAUUGUAGAUAUUGUAGAUAAUAACCCCAUAAGUGAAAACAGGUUUUUAGACAUUUUUGCAAAUGUAUUAAAAAUAAAAAAAGAUACCUUAUUUACAUAAGUAUUCAGACCCUUUGCUAUGAGACUCGAAAUUGAGCUCAGGUGCAUCCUGUUUCCAUUGAUCAUCCUUCAGAUGUUUCUACAACUUGAUUGGAGUUUACCUGGGGUAAAUUUGAUUGAUUGGACAUGAUUUGGAAAGGCACACACCUGUCUAUAUAAGGUCCCACAGUUAACAGUACAUGUCAGAGCAAAAACCAAGCCAUGAGGUCAAAUGAAUUGUCCGUAGAGCUCCGAGACAAGAUUUUGUCGAGGCACAGAUCUGGAGAAGGCUACCAAAAACAUUCUGCCCCAUGGAAGGUCCCCAAGAACACAAUGGCCUCCAUUAUUCUUAGAUGGAAGAAGUUUGGAUCCACCAAGACUCUUCCUAGAGAUGGCUGCCCUGCCAAACUGAGCAAUCAGGGGAGAAGGGCCUUGGUCAGGGAGGUGACCAAGAACCCAACGGUCACUCUGACAGAGCUCCAGAGUUCCUCUGUAGAAGGACAACCAUCUCAGCAGCACUCCACCAAUCCUGCCUUUAUGGUAGAGUGCCAGACGGAAGCCACCCCUCAGUAAAAGGCACAUGACAGCCCGCUUGGAGUUUGCCAAAAGGCACAAGAUUAUCCGGGCUGAUGAAACCAAGAUUGAACUCUUUGGCCUGAAUGCCAAGCUUCACGUCACUAGGAAACCUGGCACCAUCCCUACGGUGAAGCAUGGUGGUGGCAACAUCAUGCUGUGGGGAUGUAUUUCAGCGGCAGAGACGAACGAAGCAAAGUACAGAGAGAUCCUUGAUGAAAACCUGCUCCAGAGCUCUCAGGACCUCAGACUGGGGCGAACGUUCACCUUCCAACAGGACAAUGACCCUAAGCACACAGCAAAGACAACGCAGGAGUGGCUUCGGGACAGGUCUCUGAAUGUCCUUGAGUGGCCCAGCUAGACCCCGGACUUGAACCCAAUCUAUCAUCUCUGGAGAGACCUGAAAAUAGGUGUGCAGCAACGCUCCCCAUCCAUCCUGACAGAGCUUGAUAGGAUCUGCAGAGAGGAAUGGAAGAAACUUCCCAAAUACAGGUGUGCCAAACUUGUAGCGUCAUACCCAAGAAGACUUGUGGUUGUAAUCGCUGCCAAAGGUGCUUUAACACAGAUGUUAAAGCAUCCUCGGUUGAUAAGCAACCUUGGAUGUUUAAGGGGGGGGGGGAUAGAUGUUGGGCUGGGGGAAAUGGGAUGGCGAGUUGGGGGUUGUAGGCCCACCUCUUUUUGUUUCUUUCCUUUACAAAAUUCUGGGUAUGUAUCAAUAUGAUCAUUUCUCUGUAUGUGUUUUUCUAUAGAAUUUUUCUUUGAGUGGCAGCCUACGGGUACACGUGGUAUAAACUGUGUAAAUUGAUAUGAAUAUUGUACCUGGAACACCCCUAACAUAAAAUGACAAAGCAAAUAAAACGGUUUGUUUUUUCUUCCCCUAUAAUCAAAAUGUUAUACCUAAUUAGGGUCAAAUUUGAACAAUUGCAAAAAUUACGAUUAAUCUUAGUUAAGUACAGAACCAUACGGUUAACUCGAUUCAUUCUUUAAAUCAUUUGACAGCCUUUAUUUUAACAGCUUAAGGCAAUCUGCACCAUUUCCCUACGUUCACUUUUGUGUGUGCUUUCUCUAGGCUGAGAAAAACAGGGCUGCUGCCAUGGCCAACAACCUGCAGAAGGGAAACGCUGGCCCGAUGAGACUCUACGUCGGAUCCUUACACUUUAACAUCACAGAGGAGAUGCUGCGAGGAAUCUUUGAGCCUUUUGGAAAGGUGAGAGGCGUUGUACAAUGUACCAUGGGCGGCGCAUGAGUUUAAAGUUUGGGGAAGCUGUUUUUUCACACCACAAAAAUCAACUUUCUAAUAAAGCAUUGCAUGCAUCCAUCACAUUUGCAGACUAACAUAAGGUAAAAUGCAUAAUGUGAUGAGUAGAUUUGUUAACCGUAGGCCAAGCCAUUGUUAUAUGUGUAUAUAUAACUCAAUCAAUGUUUGCAAAAAUAACCGUUCUGAACAGAAUGCAGAUGAGCGCGUGCAGGGGUUAAAAUUCUCGUUCCCUGCGAUGGAUUUCCGUCAUGAGAGGUCGUUUUUGAGAUCAGUGUAGAUCUGCAAUAAAAGUCUCCGGGGGGUGGUUUGGAGAUGACAUAACCUAAUCCAGAAGCAUGUCUGUUCUACAAAAUACACUGCUCAAAAAAAUUAAGGGAACACUAAAAUAACACAUCCUAGAUCUGAAUGAAUGAAAUAAUCUUAUUAAAUACUUAUUUAUUUACAUAGUUGAAUGUGCUGACAACAAUAUCACACAUAAAUUAUCAAUGGAAAUCAAAUGUAUCAACCCAUGGAGGUCUGGAUUUGGAGUCACCCUCAAAAUUAAAGUGGAAAACCACACUACAGGCUGAUCCAACUUUGUCCUUAAAACAAGUCAAAAUGAGGCUCAGUAGUGUGUGUGGCCUCCACGUGCCUGUAUGACCUCCCUACAACGCCUGGGUGGCGGAUGGUCUCCUGAGGGAUCUCCUCCCAGACCUGGACUAAAGCAUCUGCCAACUCCUGGACAGUCUGUGGUGCAACGUGGCGUUGGUGGAUGGAGCGAGACAUGAUGUCCCAGAUGUGCUCAAUUGGAUUCAGGUCUGGGGAACGGGCGGGCCAGUCCAUAGCAUCAAUGCCUUCCUCUUGCAGGAACUGCUAACACACUCCAGCCACAUGAGGUCUAGCAUUGUCUUGCAUUAGGAGGAACCCAGGGCCAACUGCACCAGCAUAUGGUCUCACAAGGGAUCUGAGGAUCUCAUCUCGGUACCUAAUGGCAGUCAGGCUACCUCUGGCGAGCACAUGGAGGGCUGUGCGGCCCCCCAAAGAAAUGCCACCCCACACCAUGACUGACCCACCGCCAAACCGGUCAUGCUGGAGGAUGUUGCAGGCAGCAGAACGUUCUCCACGGCGUCUCCAGACUCUGUCACGUCUGUCACGUGCUCAGUGUGAACCUGCUUUCAUCUGUGAAGAGCACAGGGCGCCAGUGGCGAAUUUGCCAAUCUUGGUGUUCUCUGGCAAAUGCCAAACGUCCUGCACGGUGUUGGGCUGUAAGCACAACCCCCACCUUUGGACGUCGGGCCCUCAUACCACCCUCAUGGAGUCUGUUUCUGACCGUUUGAGCAGACACAUGCACAUUUGUGGCCUGCUGGAGGUCAUUUUGCAGGGCUCUGGCAGUGCUCCUCCUGCUCCUCCUUGCACGAAGGCGGAGGUAGCGGUCCUGCUGCUGGGUUGUUGCCCUCCUACGCCCUCCUCCACGUCUCCUGAUGUACUGGCCUGUCUCCUGGUAGCACCUCCAUGCUCUGGACACUACGCUGACAGACACCGCAAACCUUCUUGCCACAGCUCGCAUUGAUGUGCCAUCCUGGAUGAGCUGCACAACCUGAGCCACUUGUGUGGGUUGUAGACUCCAUCUCAUGCUACCACUAGAGGGAAAGCACUGCCAGCAUUCAAAAGUGACCAAAACAUCAGCCAGGAAGCAUAGGAACUGAGAAGUGGUCUGUGGUCACCACCUGCAGAACCACUUUUUUAUUGGGGGUGUCUUGUUAAUUGCCUAUAAUUUCCACUUGUUGUCUAUUCCAUUUGCACAACAGCAUGUGACAUGUUUUGUCAAUCAGUGUUAAUUCGUAAGUGGACAGUUUGAUUUCACAGAAGUGUGAUUGGAGUUACAUUUUGUUGUUUAAGUAUUCCCUUUAUUUUUUUGAGCAGUGUAUAUUCCCCAAUAUGUUAUUUUCUCUGUUAAGCUGUGGGCACUGAACUGACAUGCAUGAUUGUUACUGAAGACAGGAAUGAAAUAGUGUAUAAAGCGGUGCUCAACUCCCAACAGCUGUGUGUAACCUACUGUAGCUGCUGGCAAAGUCAUUCAAAGCCUCUACUUUUAGCGUUCAGGUCAGGAUUUAACUUUCCAGUGCUACUAUUUUUGCCAUAUGUUGUUAUUAAAACAAAAUCUGACAACUCCAUAGUAGAAUAGUUUACCUAUUUACCUAGAAGUCUUUGUUGUGUGUUCUGUGAGAAAUAUUCCUCUCGAGGCGCAUUCAAGUUGCGAUAGGGAGGCAAACCUGCGUUCUAAAAUAAUAAAAAAUAAUAAAAAAAUAAUAUGCCAUUUAGCAGACGCUUUUAUCCAAAGCGACUUACAGUCAUGCGUGCAUACAUUUUUUUGUGUAUGGGUGGUCCCGGGGAUCGAACCCACUACCUUGGCGUUACAAGCGCCGUGCUCUACCAGCUGAGCUACAGAGGACCACCAGUCAAUUCUUAAUGCAAUCACAUUUUUGGCAAAUGUGUUUUGAAAGCAGUUUUGGCCUUUGUUAAAAAAGAGUGGGGUCCCAGUUUUCCAUUGCUACAAUGUUAUUGCUUUACUCCUUCAAUUGCGCCAGUGGCAUCGUUUUACAAAUUCAGUUACAACUCGAGAUUCAAGCAUGGUUUAGCUGCACAACAUUAGUGAACGAACGGCUCUUUUGGUGAACGUCGGGAACCGAAUUGCGUAUGUGAAAGAGCUGUACUUUUUUGGCUCCCUGAUUUGCAUACUUUUACUAUUGCUUUUUGAGCUCCAGACAUCCAAUUAUCUGCAGGUAAAUUAUAAAAGCAUUCUCUGAAGAUGGUAAUUCCUCAGUGCAGGAACAAUGUAGUGAGAGAGCCUCAUUCUGAUCCAUGCUAAUUUAUUCAGUGUGUACAUUUAUUUAUUUUUUGGCAGAAGAUUUUGGUCAGGUAAAACUGUAUUUGAACUCACAUUUCACAAUCUGACAAUGAUAUGCAAUGUUUUAGGCUUGGAAUUAUUGAUUUACUAUUUUUACUGAACGAAGAGCCCGUUUGUGAGCCAAAUGAACAGCUCUUUUAGGUGAACGGAGCCAAAUGAUCCGGCUCACAGAAAAUAAUUGGAAUGCCCAUCACUACGCAACAGAGCUCAAAGGGGAAAAUGGUGUCUUAAGGGCAAUGACGUACUUAGUAAUAAACCCCCCCCAAAAAAAUUCUAGUGAAUAAUUAAUUAUAUAUUUAUAAUAAAAUAAUAAUAACAAUCAUGAUGUUGUGUCCAAUGGGGUAGAUGCAGAUGGACAAACACCAUGCUUCAGCGUAUGUACAUUUUAUAGCCACUAUGCUGCAUCAGUUGGUCUACAGGGAAUAAUGUUUAUUGCUAAUAGCACAUCUGAUAAUUGACCAUGCAUAGGCUAUAUGCAUGCUCCAAUAUGUAAAAAUAAUUUGUAGAGGUCGAAAUUAUAUUUUAAAUGGUGUCAUCAUCAUUUUAUUUUCAUUAAUUUUGGUGUAGAAUGUCCUGAGGUUCUCAGUCUUUCUAUAUAAAAAUGAUCCCGGGUAGGAUCACAGCUGCAAGCUAAGCUAAGCAAGGGGACUGGAAUUGGCCAAACUUGCAGUUUAAUACAUGUACAAAAUGAUCAUCUUUCCCUAAAAGUAUGAUGGUCAUCAUGACUUUCUUACAUGAAAUGAAAGGCAAACUUUUUUUCUUUUUUUUUUUACCCCUGCUCUGCGUGUUGCAUAGAGCAGACCUAGAGCUGAGCAGAAGCGUUGAUUAGGAUAUGCAUGCAGGGUCUGGGAAAAAAAUAUAUUAACCCAUUUCAUCCAAUUCUAUGUCAUUUCACAUGACUGGAGACAUUAGCAUCUUUUUAAUACCACAAAAUGACCGAAAAGACAGGCUACCCGACAAACUGAGAUCAAUAAAAACGACCUUGUCUUGAAUGCAACCAAUAGCCUAGGCUCUACAAAAAGAGGGGGGAGACAGAUUGUAGGUCUACAAUAUAUCAGUGCUAUGUAGACUUUAAUCUGUUAUCCAUUUCCUUCCUCCAGAUUGAGAGUAUUCAGCUCAUGAUGGAUAGUGAGACGAGCAGAUCCAAAGGAUAUGGCUUCAUCACUGUAAGUAUCACACUCAAUCCAGUCAAUGGAGGCACACAAUACUACGAUUAUUGGGAAUACUCAGAUUAAUAAAAUGGUUUGAUUAAAACGUUUACAUGCUUUGCAAAUAGAACAAUUUCCCUUACAAUCCAGUUUACAUGGACAUAUAUUAUAAUCUAUCACAGCGACCAUAUUAUUUAUGGCUGGGAAUUCUCAGGGAACUCAUGAUACGAUAUUAUGACGAUACUUAGGUACCGAUACGAUAUCUAUUGCAAUUCUAAAUGUAUUGUGAUUCUAUAUGUACACAAAAGUAUGUGGACACCCCUUCAAAUUAGUGGAUUCGGCUAUUUGAGCCACACUCGUUGCUGACGGGUGUAUAAAAUCGAGCACACAGCCAUGCAAUCUCCAUAGACAAGCAUUGGCAGUAGAAUGGCCGUACUGAAGAGAUCAGUGACUUUCAACGUGGCACCGUCAUAGGAUGCCACCUUUCCAACAAGUCAGUUUGUCAAAUUUCUGCCCUGCUAGAGCUGCCCCGGUCAACUGUAAGUACUGUUAUUCUGAAGUAUAAACAUCUAGGAGCAACAACGGCUCAGCCGCGAAGUGGUAGGCCACACAAGCUCACAGAACAGGAGUGCUGAAGCGCGUAGCGCAUCAAAUCGUCUGUCCUCGGUUGCAACACUCACUACCGAGUUCCAAACUGCCUCUGGAAGCAACGUCAGCAAAAUAACUGUUCGUCGGGAGCUUCAUGAACUGGGUUUCCAUGGCCGAGCAGCUGCACACAAGCCUAAGAUCACCAUGCGCAAUGCCAAGCGUUGGCUGGAGUGGUGUAAAGCUCGCCGCCAUUGGACUAUGGAGCAGUGGAAACACGUUCUCUGGAGUGAUGAAUCACUCUUCACCAUCUGGCAGUCCGACGGACUAAUCUGGGUGUGGCGGAUGCCAGGAGAACGCUACCUGCCUGAAUGCAUAGUGCCAACUGUAAAGUUUGGUGGAGGGGGAAUAAUGGUCUGGGGCUGAUUUUCAUGGUUCUGUAUAGUUCGGGCUAGGGAAAUCUUUACGCUACAGCAUUCAAAUGACAUUCUAGACGAUUCUGUGCCAACUUUGUGGCAACAGUUUGGGGAAGGCCUGUUCCUGUUUCAGCUUGACAAUGCCCCUGUGCACAAAGCGAGGUCCAUACAGAACUGGCCUGCACAGAGCCCUGACCUCAACCCCAUUGAACACCUUUGGAAUGAAUUGGAAUGCCGACUGCGAGCCAGGCCUAAUCGCCCAACAUCAGUGACCGACCUCACUAAUGCUCUUGUGGCUGAAUGGAAGCAAGUCCCCGCAGCAAUGUUCCAACAUCUAGUGGAAAGCCUUCCCAGAAGAGUGGAGGCUGUUAUAGCAGCAAAGGGGUGGGACCAACUCCAUAUUAAUGCCCAUGAUUUUGGAAUGAGAUGUGCGACGAGCAGGUGUCCAAUCUACUUUUGUAAUGGCUUGUAUCACGAUAUGAUAUGUAUUGCAAUUCAAUAGUGCAAUUUUAUUGCGAUUCGAUGUUCCAAACAUAUUGCUAGUUUGUUGCUCUCAUUGCGGUAAAACCAUGUGCCAUCAUUAUGAGCACGACAACAUUGAAUGUUGGGUUCAACUUGGCUUUCCAUAGAAUGCGUUCUAUUAUAACAUGAUUAGUUACUGCUACAAGUGUUUGUGUCUGGAGCAUCUUCCAGUAUAAAAAAAGCCAAGAAUGCAUGCAGUCUAUUUUUAGAGCCCACAUUAUUCCGACAUAUUUUAGAAUGUAAUAUUAAUGUGAAUGUCAAUGCAUAAUGCCUUUGGGAAGACCUAUUAAAAAAUGCAUUAUUCUUAUUGGUGAUGCAUGCAUUUUUGGGGGAGUUCUUCUAUAUUACUACAAUUUAAAUAUAAAAUGUAGGUCCUUAAAAAUGACAAUUAAGUGCUUGAGAAAGUCCUUGAAUUUGACUCUCCAAUGUCUUUAUGAACCCUGAUGAGUGUGCAUGUAAACAUAGUCAAUUAAAUGGCAUGCGUUUCCUCGCCAGUUCUCGGACACAGAGUGUGCCAAGAAGGCUCUGGAUCAGUUGAACGGUUUUGAGCUGGCCGGCCGGCCGAUGAAGGUGGGCCAUGUGACUGAGCGCACAGACGCCUCCACCGCCAGCUCCUUCCUGGACAGCGAUGAGCUGGAGAGGACGGGCAUCGACCUGGGCACCACCGGGCGCCUGCAACUCAUGGCCCGGCUGGCUGAAGGUAAAGCCAGAGAGAGCCCAGGGCCUGUAUUCACAAAUAAUUUUGAGAAGUCAUGUUUGGGAUGGUUAGACAUUUACAGAAUGGGGAUCUGCAAGGAAAUUGCGGAGGGUUAUGCUUGAGUCGGGGAGGGUUUAGUAUUUUUUUUAAAUCUAGACAUGGGGAGGGGUCAUGUAAUUGAAAUUUCAACAUUGCUCAGUGUUUUAGAAUUAGUUACUUAUUAGGCUGUUUAUCAAUGUGUGCCCUCAUCUCUGAUUCUGAGCUGGGCACGCAAUAUCAAGUGCGCCUAUAGGCUAUUUAGUGUGGUUUCAAUCAAAUAAUCCAUAGGCUAUACGAAGUGCAUGCUCAGAGAAGCAGAGAGCAAAGUUUUAUAUUUUGAAGAAAAUGUACUUCGUUGAGCCAUUUGCACUGCUGGGAUGGUGUAAAUAAAACUAGGCUGCAUUACACACUGCAAUUGAUAUUCCAACCCUGAGCCCGGACUGCUUUUUUUGUGCUGCCUAACAAAUGGCUGUGCAGUGUAGGCCUACAGUGGCAGUUCAGGAGGAGAGUCAAAGGCGUUUACCCUAAAAUAUUUUUUUAUUAGGCCUAGUCCAAAACAUUUAAUAUUGUGCUCUCGGACUCGCAUGUUCAGUUUGAGAAGGAGAGUGCGAAGAUGAGGAAGAGGACCGGAGGUCAAUUUUGAUAGCUUGUUACUACUAUAAUUGAUUUGAUAAAAACAAUGUUUCUUGCCCAUGGUGUAUUUAUCAGAGUUAUUGACCUCAAAAUAAGCCAGAUUCGAGUAACUUACAUUGUGGUGCUGAAACUUGAAGCGGCAGCGUGGUAAAAUCUAGCGGAAAUGGACAGCUCAUCAAAUCACAUUUUAUUGGUCACUUACACAUAUUUAGCAGAUGUUAUUGCAGGUGUAGGGAAAUGCUUGUGUUCCUAGCUCCAACAGUGCAGUAGUGUCUAACAAUUCACAACAAUACACACAAAUCUAAAAGUAAAAAAAUUGAAUUAAGAAAUAUAUAAAUAUUAGGAAGAGCAAUUUCGGAGUGUCAUUGACUAAAAUACAGUAGUAGGCCUGAUUACCAACAACAUAUACAGUGGGGGAGAAAAAGUAUUUAGUCAGCCACCAAUUGUGCAAGUUCUCCCACUUAAAAAGAUGAGAGAGGCCUGUAAUUUUCAUCAUAGGUACACGUCAACUAUGACAGACAAAUUGAGGAGAAAAAAAUCCAGAAAAUCACAUUGUAGGAUUUUUUAUGAAUUUAUUUGCAAAUUAUGGUGGAAAAUUAAGUAUUUGGUCAAUAACAAAAGUUUCUCAAUACUUUGUUAUAUACCCUUUGUUGGCAAUGACACAGGUCAAACGUUUUCUGUAAGUCUUCACAAGGUUUUCACACACUGUUGCUGGUAUUUUGGCCCAUUCCUCCAUGCAGAUCUCCUCUAGAGCAGUGAUGUUUUGGGGCUGUCGCUGGGCAACACAGACUUUCAACUCCCUCCAAAUAUUUUCUAUGGGGUUGAGAUCUGGAGACUGGCUAGGCCACUCCAGGACCUUGAAAUGCUUCUUACGAAGCCACUCCUUCGUUGCCCGGGCGGUGUGUUUGGGAUCAUUGUCAUGCUGAAAGACCCAGCCACGUUUCAUCUUCAAUGCCCUUGCUGAUGGAAGGAGGUUUUCACUCAAAAUCUCACGAUACAUGGCCCCAUUCAUUCUUUCCUUUACACGGAUCAGUCGUCCUGGUCCCUUUGCAGAAAAACAGCCCCAAAGCAUGAUGUUUCCACCCCCAUGCUUCACAGUAGGUAUGGUGUUCUUUGGAUGCAACUCAGCAUUCUUUGUCCUCCAAACACGACGAGUUGAGUUAUUACCAAAAAGUUAUAUUUUGGUUUCAUCUGACCAUAUGACAUUCUCCCAAUCCUCUUCUGGAUCAUCCAAAUGCACUCUAGCAAACUUCAGACGGGCCUGGACAUGUACUGGCUUAAGCAGGGGGACACGUCUGGCACUGCAGGAUUUGAGUCCCUGGUGGCGUAGUGUGUUACUGAUGGUAGGCUUUGUUACUUUGGUCCCAGCUCUCUGCAGGUCAUUCACUAGGUUCCCCCGUGUGGUUCUGGGAUUUCUGCUCACCGUUCUUGUGAUCAUUUUGACCCCACGGGGUGAGAUCUUGCGUGGAGCCCCAGAUCGAGGGAGAUUAUCAGUGGUCUUGUAUGUCUUCCAUUUCCUAAUAAUUGCUCCCACAGUUGAUUUCUUCAAACCAAGCUGCUUACCUAUUGCAGAUUCAGUCUUCCCAGCCUGGUGCAGAUCUACAAUUUUUUAGCCUCUUAAAGAAGAAGUUACAGGUCUGUGAGAACCAGAAAUCUUGCUUGUUUGUAGGUGACCAAAUACUUAUUUUCCACCAUAAUUUGCAAAUAAAAUCAUUAAAAAUCCUACAAUGUGAUUUUCUGGAUUUUUUUUCCUCAAUUUGUCUGUCAUAUUUGACGUGUACCUAUGAUGAAAAUUACAGGCCUCUCUCAUCUUUUUAAGUGGGAGAACUUGCACAAUUGGUGGCUGACUAAAUAAUUUUUUCCCCACUGUAUAACCCGGAUUGCCAUUGCAUUUCAUUUUUUACAAGCAAUUAUUAUUUUAGCAGACAAUUAUUGUGGUUCAUCCUAUAUUCUCCCUAACAUCCUUACCCCCUUGCAACAGAUGUGGGAUAAACACACACGCACAUACUCUAACACACUCAACCCCUUUCCUCCACAAACAACCAUAAAAUCAGAUGCUCAACGGUUAUUACAUCCCAGAGCCCAACUCAAGAAAGGACCUGAUUUACGAAUGCAUAUACAGUUACAGCUGUUUGAGAAAGCAUGCAAGAUUGAGCGAAAAUUGACCAAUGUGAGAUUUGAUUAAUCUAUUUAAUCUAUAAGUCCUAGGUGAUGGAGAUCAGAUCCACCCUCUUCACCUGAGACACAAACACCCCCGUUGUAACCAUUUUUCCCCAAGCAUCUCCGUGCAGUCAGACCUUUGAUUAUUUUGUGCCACAAUGAUAAGCCCCCUCUCUGAUUGUCCGAGUGUGACCCCCCUCCCCAUGGGUUACUGCAGCCAGUGUUGCCAGCACUGCCACUACCUGGGUGGGGGUACCCCACCGGAAUCCCCACCGGCUAGGUACAAGGUCGUCAAGGUUCAAAUUAGCAGCUUUGAGAAUUUCCUCUCCCAUCAGGGGGCUCUGGCUUUGUAGGACCAACCCUGCCAGGCAGGCUCAGAAUCUUGAGUGGGCGGUACUGCUCAAGUAGGUCUCUGACCACAUCUUGUUUUCAUGUUUUGGCUGCAUAUAGGCAACUCACAGCAGGUCAAUAAAAGAUGGGGACUUCUCUUUGGUGUAUGGGUCUCUCAGGUGGGUGUCUAGGAUAUAGGGUUAUGGAUCGUCCCAUCAUGAUAGGACAAAAAUAUAUAUAUUAGAUGUAUAGUGUGCUUCAAACUUUGUGGCAACAGUUUGGGGAAGGCCAGUUCCUGUUUCAACAUGACAAUACCUCUGUGCACAAUGCGAGGUCCAUACAGAAAUGGUUUGUCGAGAUUGGUGUGGAAGAACUUGACUGGCCUGCACAGAGCCUUGACCUCAACCCCAUCAAACACCUUUGGGAUGAAUUGGAAGGCCGACUGCGAGCCAGGCCUAAUUGUUCCAACAUCUGUGACCGACCUCACUAAUGCUCUUGUGGCUGAAUGGAAGCUAGUCUCCGCAGCAAUGUUCCAACAUCUAGUGGAAAGCUUUCCCAGAAGAGUGGAGGCUGUUAUAGCAGCAAAGGGGGGACCAACUCCAUAUCAGUGGUGGAAAAAGUACUCAAAUCUCAUACUUGAGUAAAAGUAAAGAUAACUUAAUAGAAAAUGACUCUAGUAAAAGUGAAAGUCACCUAGUAAAAUACUACUUGAGUAAAAGUAUUUGGUUUUAAAUAUACUUAUCAAAGUAAAUGUAGUUGCUAAAAUAUACCUAAGUAUCAAAAGAAAAAGGGAAAGUACAAAUAAUUCCUUAUAUUAAGCAAACCAGACGGCACAAUUUUCUUUUCUUUAUUAUUUACGAUAGCCAGGGUCACACUCCAACACAUUUGUGUUUAGUGAGUCCGCCAGAUCAGAGGCAGUAUGGAUGACCAGGGAAGUUCUAUUGAUAAUGUGCGAAUUGGACCAUUUUCUGUCCUGCUAAGCAUUAAAAAUGUAACGAGUACUUUUGGGUGUCAAGGAUAAUGUAAGGAGUAAAAAGUACAUCAUUUUCUUUAGGAAUGUAGUGAAGUAAAAGUUGUAGUACUUUUAAAGUAUUUUUACUUAAGUACUUUACACCACUGCUCCAUAUUAAUGCCCAUGAUUUUGGAAUGAGAUGUUCGAUGAUCAGGUGUCCGCAUACUUUUGGUAAUGUAGUGUAUAUUAGCUAGCUAUUUCUUUUCAGCAGAAAAUAAAUCUUGUCUUGAUCGGAUUUGAAUUGAGCUUGCUAGCCCUCUCCAGUUUGAAUGCAAAUGCAAUUCCGAGGUUCAGUACCGUAUUUUCCGCACUGUAAGGCGCACCGGAUUAUAAGGCGCACCUUCAAUGAAUGGCCUAUUUUAGAACUGUUUUCAUAUAUAGGGCGCACCGGAUUAUAAGGCGCAUAGAAUAGAAGAUACUGCAGUCAAACGUUUGACUGGGGUUGCGUUAUGCAUCCACUAGAUGGAGCUGUGCUAAAGAGAAUGUCAACAAAACAAUCAGAUAAAGUCCAACUUUAUUAAGCGUUCUGACAACAAUUUUGGGGUCUUUAUACACACACAAGUGGUGUGGGACUGUGAGUAAGCACAGUACCGGUGUUUACUGACUACGGUAGCCGUAAUGCUGCAAGCGGUGCGGCUUUGUAGUUUACUAGUCGUACUGAAACAUUUCAUUAUUAUUAAAUUGUUUUUAUUGGUUUUUCAUACUGAAACAUUUUGACAGAGCGCCUUGUACAACCAGUAUGGAUCAACCAAUUAACCAAUUGAUCCAUAUAUAAGGCGCUCCGGAUUAUAAGGCGCACUGUCGUUUUUUGAGAAAAUUAAAGGCUUUUAAGUGCGCCUUAUAGUGCGGAAAAUACGGUAAUUUUGGGCCGGUUUCUAAGGUUGUUUUCCGUUUUUGCCUUUUCCCAAUUUCUUAUGGUUUGAUUGUGCAGCUGCCAUAACUGUAAGCUAUACUCUAGUAAAAGCGAAGAGUCCUCUAUGGCCCAAAUAUAUGAAAUCGAGUCAUCUGAGCUCGUAGUGAAUAACUCAAUCAUUACGUUAUUCAGUAUGCGCAGCACUAAAUCUGGCGGGAAAACCGACCCGACAGGAAGAAUGAAUAGAGCGGUUUCCAGGCAGGCUGGUGGCGCAAAAUUAUCAUAGAUUAAACACAUUGCCAACUUAUUAGAGCUUUUGAACAUAAGAAAAUACUAAAAGCUACAUAAUGCAGCUUUAAGAACCAAAUCAUAAAGUGUGAACAAGGAUGAAUGUCGAGCCCAAUGUCUUCUGUCUUUCAGGCACGGGACUGCAGAUUCCCCCAGCAGCACAGCAAGCCCUGCAGAUGAGUGGGGCCAUUGCAAUUGGUGCCAUGGCCGCUGUAUCAGGUAAUAAAAGGAUGAUCAAUUGGACAAGCCUAUCUGACUGCCAUGAUUGGUUUUCUCUGAGCUAUUUGGAGAAGGCAGGUUUCAUCCAGCAUUGAUCAAAUCUGUUGGUUUGCAAGUAAGACCCAGAUUGGUUGAUAUGGUGCGAGGAGCUGGUCUGUUGUGAGACUCGUGUCAGAAUUGGGCUGGAUUGAACAUAAAUAAAUAAUAAUAAAGAUUAAUAAAUGUUACAUUUCUAGUACAUAGUUCAGUUAGUUUAAUGUGAUAUGAUUGAUUUUGACACUUACUUUUUAAACUUUUAGCUGCCAUGAAUCCUGCAAUGAAUAUGAACAAUAUGAACAGGAAUACAGCUAUGAACCUGCCAUCACAGCCACUUGCUACACACUGUUUCCAGCUGUCUAACAUGUUCAACCCUCAGUCGUAAGUAUUUAACAUUUAAUAAAGUUCUUCAAUGCAGCAUCUUUCUCUCCCAAGUGGGCCAGCUGAUGAAAGUACAGAAACUAUAGACUUGGACCUGAAGGUGUUAUUUGUUCCCAUAGACAGGUUCCUAAUCACUAGUCCUUUGUGGGUGAUAAUUUCCCAUCUGAUUUUACAGUGAAGAUGACCCAGGAUGGGAUGCUGACAUUCAGCAUGAUGUCAUUGAGGAAUGCAACAAACAUGGAGGAGUUGUGCACAUAUACGUUGAUAAGAAUUCCACAGAAGUAAGACUUUUAUAAGUGUAGUUGAAUGGUUUUGAAAUGGUCUUAAAUAGCACUCAUUAAAGUUAUUGUGUUUCUUUUUAGGGCAACGUGUAUGUGAAAUGUCCAACCAUUCCUGCUGCCAUGGCUGCAGUAAACGCAUUACAUGGUCGAUAUUUUGCAGGUAAGAGGAUUGGCUAAAGAAUGUGGUACUCAAUUAUGAAUUGUCAUUGAUGGAGUCAAUGACAAUUCAGUAGGGAGGGACAACAAGUAUUUGAUAGGGAGAACAAGUAUUUGAUACACUGCCGAUUUUGCAGGUUUUCCUACUUACAAAGCAUGUAGAGGUCUGUAAUUGUUAUCAUAGGUACAAUUCAACUGUGAGAGACAGAAUCUAAAACAAAAAUCCAGAAAAUCACAUUGUAUGAUUUUUAAGUAAUUAAUUUGCAUUUUAUUGCAUGACAUAAGUAUUUGAUCACCUACCAACCAGUAAGAAUUCCGGCUCUAACAGACCUGUUAGUUUUUCUUUAAGAAGCCCUCCUGUUCUCCACUCAUUACAUGUAUUAACUGCACCUGUUUGAACUCGUUACCUGUAUAAAAGACACCUGUCCACACACUCAAUCAAACAGACUCCAACCUCUCCACAAUGGCCAAGACCAGAGAGCUGUGUAAGGACAUCAGGGAUAAAACUGUAGACCUGCACAAGGCUGGGAUGGGCUACAGGACAAUAGGCAAGCAGCUUGGUGAGAAGGCAACAACUGUUGGCGCAAUUAUUAGAAAAUAGAAUAAGUUCAAGAUGACGGUCAAUCACCCUCAAUCUGGGGCUCCAUGCAAGAUCUCACCUCGUGGGGCAUCAAUGAUCAUGGUGAGGGAUCAGCCCAGAACUACACGGCAGGACCUGGUCAAUGACCUGAAGAGAGCUGGGACCAAAGUCUCAAAGAAAACCAUUAGUAACACACUACGGCGUCAUGGAUUAAAACCCUGCAGUGCACGCAAGGUCCCCCUUGCUCAAGACAGCGCAUGUCCAGGCCCGUCUGAAGUUUGCCAACGACCAUCUGGAUGAUCCAGAGGAGGAAUGGGAGAAGGUCAUGUGGUCUGAUGAGACAAAAAUAGAGCUUUUUGGUCUAAACUCCACUCGCCGUGUUUGGAGGAAGAAGAAGGAUGAGUACAACCCCAAGAACACCAUCCCAACGUGAAGCGUGGAGGUGGAAACAUAAUUCUUUGGGGAUGCUUUUCUGCAAAGGGGACAGGACGACUGCACCGUAUUGAGAGGAGGAUGGAUUGGGCCAUGUAUCGCGAGAUCUUGGCCAACAACCUCCUUCCCUCAGUAAGAGCAUUGAAGAUGGGUCGUGGCUGGAACACACAGCCAGGGCAACUAAGGAGUGGCUCCAUAAGAAGCAUCUCAAGGUCCUGGAGUGGCCUAGUCUCCAGACCUGAACCCAAUAGAAAAUCUUUGGAGGGAGCUGAAAGUCCGUAUUGCCCAGCGACAGCCCUGAAACCUGAAGGAUCUGGAGAAGGUCUGUAUGGAGGAGUGGGCCAAAAUCCCUGCUGCAGAGUGUGCAAACCUGGUCAAGACCUACAGGAAACGUAUGAUCGCUGUAAUUGCAAACAAAGGUUUCUGUACCAAAUAUUAAGUUCUGCUUUUCUGAUGUAUCAAAUACUUAUGUCAUGCAAUAAAAUGCAAAUUCAUUACUUAAAAAUCAUACAAUGUGAUUAUCUGGAUUUUUGUUUUAGAUUCCGUCUCUCACAGUUGAAGUGUACAUAUGAUAAAAAUUACAGACCUCUACAUGCUUUGUAAGUAGGAAAACCUGCAAAAUCGGUAGUGUAUCAAAUACUUGUUCUCCCCACUGUAUGUAUGUUUUGUCUAAACUGUCAUAAUUUCCUUUAAAAUGUUCUUCACAGGUAAAAUGAUCACAGCGGCAUACGUCCCUCUCCCGACAUAUCACAACCUUUUCCCUGACUCUGUGACGGCUACCCAGCUCCUGAUCCCUCGUGCUCGCCGAUGAUCUCUCACUGCAAGACACGAAAAACCCAGAUUGGUGGGACAAUGUAUAAUAGAUUUUUUCCUCUUCCCUUUUCUCUCUUUAUAAGUUAGACAUUUUAGUUUGUGGUCGGUCUUUCAGUCCUGCAAGUUAUGGCAGUAUGUUUUUCUUUUAUGUCAGUAAGAUCACUUUCUUUCCUGCAACAUGUUUUUUUGACUUUCCAUAUGCAAAAAGAAUCAAAGCUUUACUUGCACGUCCAAACAUGUGUUGGGUAUUGAGGGUGGAGUUUCAGCCAGUCUAAUAAAGGGAUUGUAGUCCCUGAAGAGUUUAUUGGUUGAUCUGGACAAUUGACCAUUUUAUAUUUUGUAAAGUUUGUUCUUGUUCAUACAUUGUCUUGUGCUUGAAAGCUUUGAUGGGCAUGUUUUCCCUGAUGAAGUGUACAACUUAGACACCGAGACAUAAGAAAAGAGGAUAUAAAAUCUUUUUGGAGAGAAAAAAUAAAAUUCUAACAUUGCAGUUUCAUUUAUACAUCAGAAUAUUAUUCAAUGUUUUAAGCUCCAUGAGCUCUGAAAACAUAAUGACUGAUUUCAUUUGUGCUCGUUUAGAGACCAUUUGGUUUUUCAGUAUCUGUUUUCUAAUCAAGAUUAGAUUUUUAUAAAGACUUUAAUUAAAAUAUAUUUUAGUUACAUUCCAGUAGUUUCUUUCCUUGCUCAAUACUGUAGGUAGCACAAUUAUAUUAUCCCCCCAUUUGGUAUAAGCAUACAUAAUAUACCCACAAAAUAUAUACACUUCUAAGUAAAUCAAUAACUUGAUUGGAAAAAAUGCCAAUGCUGAUGAGUCCCAAAGAUGCAAACCUCAGAGUUACAGAUUGACUGGUCAACCGAACAGGCAAUAUCGAACUGACUUAUAAUAAAAAAAACGUUUGUAGGCAACAGACCAACAUAAAGGUUGCUACAUCCAUUUUUUAAACUUUUAAAUUAAUGAUAUAAACUGUUUGAUUCUUAAAGAUUAUAACUUAGCUUAGUUCAACUGUCAUGCCUCAUCUCUUUACCAAAACAGUGGAGGGGUGAAACAUUUUGUGUGAAGAAGAAAAACUUGUGAAAAAACAGUAUUCGGUUAAACAGUUCAAACAUGAUACACAAUUUAAGAUUUUCCACAAGCAUGUGGUCUGUUUAUUUCAAAGUAACAAACAUUUCAGUAUUGCAAACAACCUCCAUUGACAACAUAUCUGAGAUCAUACUGUAAUUAAGCUUUGGUAUGAAUUUGGAGGAACACUGGGCUCUAUUUUAACAAACCUAACGCAAUGGUCAAUCUUAGCGCAUCACUGUCGAGUUGUGUGUGUAUCAAAUAUAUUUGCGAUUAUCAUAGCUGCAAUCAUGGGCGCAAUAGCUGGUUUGAUGAGGGCUUGACCACUCACAUGCCAAUCAACGUUCUCUAUGGCUUACAGGUUUUUUUAUCGCUUUGGUGCAUCUAGAAAUACGUUUCACAUUGCAAUACAUUUACAUUUACAUUUUAGUCAUUUAGCAGACGCUCUUAUCCAGAGCGACUUACAGUUAGUGAAUAAUUAUUUUUUAUUUUUUUUUAUACUGGCCCCCCGUGGGAAUCGAACCCACAACCCUGGCGUUGCAAACGCCAUGCUCUAUCAACUGAGCUACAUCCCUGCCGGCCAUUCCCUCCCCUACCCUGGAUACAUGAUCAUAUAAAGUAAUUGCCUUUCACAAUUCAAUGCUCACAUUACUUUUGAUAUGAUUCACUUCUCUUUUGUUAAGUAAUUUUACUAUUACUUAAUCCGACUGCUCUUAAUUGAUGAUCACUUAAACAUUUGUAAACCUAUAGAUUUUACAUGUAAACUGGUUUUUCGUCUACACAUUUUGAGAACUACAUAAUGAAAAUGUAUGUCUGUAAAGUGAAACAUAAGUAUGAUACAUAUUCAAAUGUACUACUAUGAUGAUGGCUAUGAUGAUUUAACUUCACAGUAAAUGUAAAAAAAAAUCUGAUAUUGACAAGGUCAGAGAUGCACUGUAUGUAACAAAUUAAAUCAAAGUUUAUUGGUUACAUACACAGAUUAGCAGAUGUUGCAGCAGGUGCAGUGAAAUGCUUGUGUUUCUAGCUCCUACAGUGCAGUAAUACAAUAUCAAUACCAAUACACAAAUAAUCUAGAAAGUCCAAACUGCAUUGGUCAGUACAGUACUGUAAUACCGCAAUAUAUGCAAUUUACUUAGCAGACACUUUUAUCCAAAGUGACAACAGUCCACACAUUUUGGUAUGUGACCCCAGUGGGAUUCGAACCCACAACUCUGGUGUUGCUAGUGCCAUGCUCUUAUGAACUGAGCCAUUUACAGAACCACUACAACACAUACAGUACCUUCAGAAAGUAUUCAUACCCCUUGACUUAUUCCACGUGUUACAGCCUGAAUUCAAAAUUGAUUAAAUAUAUGUUUUGUUUUGCCAACCAUCUACACACUACCCCAUAAUGACAAAGUGAAAACAUGUUUUUAGAAAUCUUAGCAAGUUGAUUGAGAAUGAAAUACAGAAAUAUCGAAUUUACAUAAGUAUUCACACCCCUGAAUCAAUACUUUUUAGAAACACCUUUGGCAGCGAUUACAGCUGUGAGUCUUUCUGGGUAGGUCUGUAAGAGCUUUCCACACCUGGAUUGUGUGACAUUUUCCCAUUAUUCUUUUCAGAAUUCUUUAAGCUCUGUUAAAUUGGUUGUUGAUCCUUGCUGGACAACCAUUUUCAGGUCUUGCCUUAGAUUAUUAGCUAGAUUUAAGUCAAAGCUGUAACUCGGCCACUCAGGAACAUUCACUGUCUUGGUAAGCAACUCCAGUGUAGAUUUGGCCUUGUGUUUUAGGUUAUUGUGCUGCUGAAAGGUGAAUUCAUCUCCCAGUGUCUGGCAAACUGAACCAGCUUUUCCUCUAGGAUUGUGCCUGUGCUUCGCUCCAUUCUUUCUUUUUUUUAUCCUGAAAAACUCCCCAGUCCUUAACGAUUACAAGCAUACCCAUAAUAUUAUGCAGCCACCACUAUGCUUGAAAAUAUGAAGAGUGGUACUCAGUAAUGUGUUGUAUUCAGUGGCGGCUCCUGAAAAAAUUCUCAGGAGGGGCAAUUUUUCUGAUGAUUUAGGUGACCUACACACAUUUUAAAAAAGAUAUGUCCAGCAACAACAUGAAGACAGGGGCAGCAUAUAAGUCAAUACCAGAAGCAUUUAUUGACUGAUCUGGGGAGAUGGAUUCCAGUUUCUGUGACAGAUUAUAAAUUAUCUCUGAUGCCUUUGUUAUAUUAGCUUUUGGUUGAAUGUACUGUCGUAGUAAAUAUAUAAUGUUAUAGCUUGGUCUGACUAAAAUCUUGUGCAUGACCCAUUUUGUGUUGGGCGUUUGUUUUCAAUCAAUGCUGUUCCUAUCCUAUAACAAUGGACAAAAGAGUACUAUCUUGUCAGCCUUGUCAGCAGGUGGCCAAGGACAACACCCACGCCAUAGGUCUCUCAGUUCUUCCAACUCACGAGUUCUUGCUCUGAGGACACACACACACACACACACAUCAUCACUGAUAACACACACACACACACAUCAUCACUGUUAAACACACACACACACACACACACACACAAAAAUCCCCUCUCUUUAGGCUGAACAUUUGAAGACAGAGAACCCGACUCAGAGCCAAUGCAACAGUGGAGGGGACCUCGCCCAACUCAUCAGGACCAAUCAGAAGAUCAGAACUACUAGAUUCAACCUACAUCAUUUAUUGUAUAAAAUGUCUGCACACAAUGUUUUCGGGGCUCUCUUCAGAUAGCUCCCUAAGAGUUUGACGAACGAGUCCGUGCACGCGAUUCCAGAUAUCUUUACCUCUGAAUAAACUGCCUUUAUUAUACCAUAUCCACCCUGUCCAAAGUCUCUACUUGGUCUCAGUUCUCCAGUAAACUUGUGAUUAUCAACAGUACACAACGGUAACAAACAAUUGGGGGAACUCACGGGGCAGAUAGUAAGGUCGCAGUGACACAGAAAGCAGUUCAAUGUCGGGGGUACAGAGUCGCUCUCUUACCAGGAUCGCGGUCCGCUCUGACCAGGGUGAAGCCGGCCGGCUCCACUUCUCUGUCCGGGACUCUGUCAUCCAGCCAAGUCUCCCAGCUGUAUUGGAUUCCGCUGCCAGCAGCGUUUUCAUUAUUUAGUCCGUUCGUAGCGGGUAUGUACACGAUCAACAAGAUCAGUCCAAAACCCACCACUGGAAAUCCAUGGUUGGCAGAAUGUUUGUAAACUAAGUGUACAAAUUAAAAACAUAAAAUAACGCCACACUGCAGGUCGCAACAGAGACGCUGCUAGCCGCUAUUUUCUUAGUUACGUUCAUGGUUACGUCACGUAUGACGAAAGCGCGUAAGUGCAAGCCCACAGACACCCAUAGAGAAUGUAUUGAAAGCUUUGAAAUUUGAAAAAAAUAGAUUUUACAUGACAGGCUAUGAGAGACUUCUGGGCGAUUUUCAACCUGACUGAAAUCGCCCAAAAAACGGGCGGGGCCAUUUGAAGCACGACUUUAGCCUGAUUUGACAUUUAGUGGCAGUCAGAUCAGAUUACAACACUGAUAACUACUGUUGCCGUGAUAUAAUUGAUUAGAAAAAAAAUCCCUUCCUUUUCCCGUUUGGCAGUGCGUCGCCCAUAUCGCCCUAUUGAACAGGCCGUCCCUGGUUGUAUUGGAUUUGCCCGAAACAUAACACUUUGUAUUCAGGACAAAAAGUGAAUUGCUUUGCCACAUUUUUUGCAGUACUACUUUAGUGCCUUGUUGCAAACAGGAUGCAUUUUUAGAAUAUUUUUACUUUGUACAGGCUUCCUUUUUUUCACGCUGUCAAUUAGGUUAGUAUUGUGGAGUAACUACAAUGUUGUUGAUCCAUCCUCAGUUUUCUCCUAUCACAGCCAUUAAACUCUGUUUUACAGGCCUCAUGGUGAAAUCCCUGAGUGGUUUCCUUCCUCUCCGGCAACUGAGUUAGGAAGGACCCCUGUAUCUUUAAAGUGUCUGGGUGUAUUGAUACACCAUCCAAAGUGUAAUUAAUAACUUCACCAUGCUCAAAAGUGAUAUUUAAUGUCUGCAUGUUUUUGUUUUUUUACCCAUCUACCAAUAGGUGCUGUUCUUUGCGAGACAUUGGAAAACCUUCCUGGUCUUUGUGGUUGAAUCUGUGUUUGAAAUUCACUGCUUGACUGAGGGACCUUACAGAUAAUUGUAUGUGUGGGGUACAGAUGAGGUAGUCAUUCAAAAAUCAUGUUAAACUCUAUUAUUGCACACGGAGUCUAUGCAACUUCAUAUGUGUAUAUUAAGCACAUUUUUACUCCUGAACUUAUUUAGGCUUGCCAUAACAAAGGGGUUAAAUACUUAUUGACCCAUUUUUCUUAAUUUGUAAAACUUCCACUUUGGUAUUGUGUGUAGACCAGUGAGAUUUUUUAUUUUUAUUUAAUCAAUUUUAAAUUCAGGCUGUAACUCAACAAAAUGUGGAAAAAGUUAAGGGGUGUGAAUACUUUCUGAAGGCACUGUAAGUACAGUACUGUAAAAUUCAAUACACAAUUACAAUACAGGUGCAUUCGGAAAGUAUUCAGACCCCUUAACCUUUUCCACAUUUUGUUAAGUUACAGCCUUAUUCUAAAAUGUAUUUAAUAAAAUAAAAUCAUAAUCAAUCUACACACAAUAUCCCAUAAUGACAAAGCAAAAACAGUUUUUUAGAAAUGUUUGCAAAUGUAUUUAAAUAAAAACAGAAAUACCUUAUUUACAUAAGUAUUCAGACCCUUUGCUAUGAGACUCGAAAUUGAGCUCCGGUGCAUCCUGUUUUCAUUGAUCAUCCUUGAGAUGUUUCUACAACUUGAUUGGAGUCCACCUGUGAUAAAUUCAAUUGAUUGGACAUGAUUUGGAAAAGCACACACGUCUAUAUAAGGUACCACAGUUGACAGUGCAUGUCAGAGCAAAAACCAAGCCAUGAGGUCAAAGGAAUUGUCCGAAGAGCUCCGUGACAGGAUUGUGUCGAGGCACAGAUCUGGAGAAGGGUACCAAAAAAUGUCUGCAGCAUUGAAGGUCACCAGGAACACAGUGGCCUCCAUCAUUCUUAAAUGGAAGAAGUUUGGAACCACCAAGACUUCCUAAAGCUGGCCACCUGGCCAAACUGCGCAAUCGGGGGAGAAGGGCCUUGGUCAGGGAGGUGACCAAGAACCCGAUGGUCACUCUGACAGAGCACCAGAGUUCCUCUGUGGAGAUGGGAGAACCUUCCAGAAGGACAACAAUCUCUGCAGCACUCCACCAAUCAGGCCUUUAUGGUAGAGUGGCCAGACGGAAGCCACUCAGUAAAAGGCACAUGACAGCCCACUUGGAGUUUGCCAAAAGGCACCUAAAGGACUCAGACCAUGAGAAACAAGAUUCUCUGGUCUGAUGAAACUAAUAUUGAACUAUUUUUGCCUGAAUGCCAUGCGUCACAUGUGGAGGAAACCUGGCACCAUCCCUACAGUGAAGCAUGGUGGUGGCAGCAUCAUGCUGUGGGGAUGGUUUUCAGUGGCAGGGACUGGGAGACUAGUCAGGAUCGAAGGAAAGAUGAACGGAGCAAAGUUCAGAGAGAUCCUUGAUGAAAACCUGCUCCAGAGCACUCAGGACCUCAGACUGGGGCGAAGGUUCACCUUCCAACAGGACAACAACCCUAAGCACACAGCCAAGACAAGUCUCUGAAUGUCCUUAAGUGGCCCAGCCAGAGCCCGAUCAAACAUCUCUGGAGAGACCUGAAAACAGCUGUGACGCGACGCUCCCCAUCCAACCUGACAGAGCUUGAGAGGACUUGCAGAGAAGAAUGAGAGAAACUCCCCAAAUACAGGUGUGCCAAGCUUGUAGCGUCAUACCCAAGAAGACUGAAGGCCAUAAUCGCUGCCAAAGGUGCUUCAACAAAGUGCUGAGUAAAGGGUCUGAAUACUUACGGAAAUGUGAUAUUUACGUUUUAACAACCUGUUUUUGCUUUGUCAUUUUUGGGUAUUGUGUGUAGAUUGAUGAGGGAAAAAAAACAAUUGUAUCAAUUUUAGAAUAAGACUGUAACGUAACAAAAUGUGGAAAAAGUCAUGGGGUCUGAAUACUUUCCGAAUGCACUGUAUGAUUGCCAUCCCCAUGAGCGUACCACCCUCCUUCAGGCCAUGGAUGAGGCAUUGUCGUGGACAUUUCAGUACUGAGAGAGACUUGGACAACCAUUCAAGCUAUCAUCUUUAUUUAACAUUGAUUAAUUAUUGCAAUAAUGAAGCCGUCGAACGCACCCUCUGAAGUGUGUGUUGCCGAGAGCUUAACUAAAAAUGAAAAAACUGAGAUAUUUUAUAGGAGACCUAAAAAUGCUUAGUCAUGGCUGGUUCCACCCCUUCCAUGCAGAUUGGGGGCACCAUAAGCCACUUUGGGUUCAUCUCCUGGUCAUCUGCCUCUGGAGUUAUUUUUAACCCCACCUCAUCUUAGUUUCCCAGAUGCCAGGAUACUGAGGCCUUUGUUCUGCUCCCCAGGCCCUCUCUAUCUGGUUAAACAUACACCACAUCUUAUCUAUGGAAUGCAGGCUGUAAAUCAAUUGUCAGCUCAAGUUAUCUCUAGUGACCAUACACCCAGAUUAGCUGCAGGGAGUUAGAGUGGAAACCAUCCCUUUACCAAAACCCAGUAUUAGUAGAACAGAAAUGUCUUACUAUUUGUUAAGUAUAUAAUUUAACUAUAUUAUUAUCAAACAAAUCAGGUAAAUACUUAUUUUUUCUCUCACAGCAUGCAAUGACUUCAAUCCAGAUCUAUGUCAGCCUUAGAUUCGCCAUGCCAAAAUAUUUUUUCCCAGGUGCAUGAACAAUGAGGAUAUUUACUGCGAUUUCGAUGAGAACCUAUGGCCAAAGGCUCAAGACAGGCUUGAUACAAACAAGUGCCUGCUAAACAUUGUUUCAUUUCUAUCAUUUGAUUACAUUGUGAACUAUAUCUUCAAUAAUCAAACCUUUGAUCACACAUUGUAUAGUAAUUGUCAUCAAUCCCCCCGGUACUGCUGCUCAUUCUGUUCACCAGCUCCGGAGGUCUACGUCACCGGUCUUCUACGCGUCACUGACCUGGUUCAUUACCACCAACCCCGGACUGUCUUGUCUCAUUACGCACAGCUGGUUCCCAUUCCCCCUGAAUGGUAUGUGUAUAUAUGUGCCCUCUGUUCCCCAUUGUCCUUGUCGAUUAUUGUCCCAUGUCCGUUGGUCUAGUGAGUACAUUGUAUUACAGUUUACAUGCCGAGUAAUUGUGCACUUGUUAUUAAGGGUCUCAUCCCGUGUAUUAUUUAGAGGUUUACACCUCACUCUUUUGUUUGGGUUACAGCCCUGUGUUAUUUAUAUACAACUGUGGAAAAAAUUAAGAGACCACUGCAAAAUUAUCAGUUUCUCUGGUUUUACUAUUUAUAGGUAUGUGUUUGGGUAGAAAAUAACAUUUUUGUUUUAUUCUAUAAACUACUGACAACAUUUCUCCCAAAUUCCAAAUAAAAAUAUUGUUAUUUAGAGCAUUUAUUUGCAGAAAAUGACAACUGGUUAAAAUAACAAAAAAGAUGCAGUGUUGUCAGACCUGGAAUAAUGCAAAGAAAAUAAGUUCAGUUCAUUUUUAAACAACCCAAUAGUAAUGUUUUAACUUAGGAAGAGAUCAGAAAUCAAUAUUUGGUGGAAUAACCCUGAUUUUCAAUCACAGCUUUCAUGCGUCUUGGCAUGCUCUCCACCAGUCUUUCACAUUGAUGUAGGAUGACUUAAUGCCACUCCUGGCGCAAAAUUCAAGCAGCUCGGCUUUGUUUGAUGGCUUGUGACCAUCCAUCUUCCUCUUGAUCACAUUCCAGAAGUUUUCAAUGGGGUUCAGGUCUGGAAAUUGGGCUGGCCAUGACAGGGUCUUGAUUGACCUGGCUGUGUGGCAUGGCACAUUGUCCUGCUGAAAAAACCAAUCCUCAGAGUUGGGGAACAAUGUCAGAGCAAAAGGAAGCAAGUUUUCUUCCAGGACAACCUUGUACGUGGCUUGAUUCAUGCGUCCUUCACAAAGACAAAUCUGCCCGAUUCCAGCCUUGCUGAAGCACCCCCAGAUCAUCACCGAUCCUCCACCAAAUUUCAGUGGGUGCGAGACACUGUGGCUUGUAGGCCUCUACAGGUCUCCGUCUAACCAUUAGACGACCAGUUGUUGGGCAAAGCUGAAAAUUGGACUCAUCAGAGAAGAUGACCUUACUCCAGUCCUCUACGGUCCAAUUCUUAUGGUCUUUUGCAAACCUCAGCCUGGCUCUUCUUUGCUUCUCAUUGAUGAAGGGCUUUUUUCUAGCUUUGCAAUACUUCAGCCCUGCCCCUAGGAGCCUGUUUGGAACCGUCCUCGCCGUGCACUUCACCCCAGCUGCCGUUUGCCAUUCUUUUUGUAGGUGACUUGAUGUCAUCCUACAGUUGUUGAGUGACAUUCAAAUGAGUUGGCGGUCAUCCCGGUCAGUAGAGAGUCGUUUUCGCCCUCUGCCGGUCUGUAGCUUUGUUGUCCCCAAUGUCUGCUGCUUGAACUUGUUCUUAUGUCUUUGACAUUUUAAGGAUGGAAGCAACCUGACGCUCACUGUAUCCCUCUGCCAGUAAAGCCAGAAUUGAACCCUACUUUUCCCCACUCAAAACGUUCCUUUUCAACUCUUUUGGCAUGGUCAAUAGUUAUUUUUUGUUUAAUAUUACUUUUGAGGUACUAUUACCACUGUUUUUGCCAUCCAGCUGGUCCUAUUGCAAGAGGAUAGCGAUGACCACAGCAGUGGUUUUAAUACUUUUCCUCGUUAAAUAAGAUUUGGUUAAUGUGAUCACCUAAUCAGUACCUAAUUCAGUAGAAUGAGGUGUGCCUGUGUUGGAAUGGUCCUCUGUAGCUCAAUUGGUAGAGCAUGGCGCUUGUAACGCAAGGGUAGUGGGUUCGAUCCCCGGGACCACCCAUAUGUAAAAAUGUAUGCGCACAUGACUGUAAGUCGCUUUGGAUAAAAGCGUCUGCUAAAUGGCUUAUUAUUAUUAUUGGAAGUCAACAGACACUGGAAUGAAAUGGCUGUCAUACAUGUAGAGAUGCUGAUUUAAGAAACAUUUGCAGUGGUCUCUAUUUUUUCCACAGCUGUAUGUAUACGUGUUUGUUUUGGGCUUCGUCCACGUCGUUUUCUAUGACGUACCUUAUGUUGGGUUGAGUAAUAAAGAAAAAACGAUUACGCAUUCCUGCGCCUGUCUUCUAUCAGUAUACAACGUGACAGUAAUUAUGAAAAUAUAAUGUCCAGCACAUUUUAAUGGGUAAUUCAACUGUAUUGCCUAAUUUGAAAACACUGUAAUGUACUGUAAUUUAAAGGGCAAUUUUUUGCUAUUGGAUUAACUGGUUAUUAAAAUAACUAAAUUAAAAAUAUAUAAUUUGUAUUUAUUACAAAUUCCAAGGCAGCAGCUACUCUUCCUGGGGUCCAGCAGAAUUAAGGCAGUUACAUUUAAAAAAAACAUUACAAUACAUUUCACAACAUAUUAAGUGUGUGCCCUCAGGCCACUACUCUACUAUCACUUAUCUACAACACAAAAUCUAAAUCCAUGUAUACAUGUGUGUGUCUCUUCACAUUCCCUGUUCCAUAAGGUAUAUUUUUAUCUGUUUAAAAAAAUAAAAAUAAAGAUUUCACUGCUUGCAUGAAUUACUUAAUGUGGAAUAGAGUUCCAUAAACUGUGCACCUCCCAUAGUCUGUUCUGGACUUGAGGACUGUGAAGAGACCUCUGGUGGCAUUAUGUUCUGUUUUGGUGAAUAAACCAAUGUACUCAUUAUAUUUCAAAGUAAACAUAUGUUUUGAAUCAAUGGUUGUGUGGUGAAAGAUGUCUACAAAGAAAAUGAAUGCACAAUUAAAGGUUUUGAAUGUAAGAGUGGCUGUGUUACAAGUGUUACCGGUUUGGAGUUUUGAAAAUUCACCACAUACUUGUGAAAAUAGUACCCAAAAGAAACCUGUAAUAGUGAUGGCAAUUGUCUCAAGUUGUGUAUGCUAUUGACGGUUUGCGUUAUCAUCAAUUCGGCUUGAGGGCACAGAUAUUCACGUAUUAGUCCAUUGUGGAUUGAUACCGUUUAUUAAAUAGCAUACAUUAACAAAUAAUAGCAACAGUAGACUUGCAUCCAGUUUUGCUAAAUAUGUUUGGUGUUUGCAGUCCACAUUGUUCUAGAUGGCUUCAACAUGUAAUGUCGGUAAUUUACGCAUAACAUUCGCACGUCUCCGAAAGUAAAAAUAUUAGGCUUCUAUAAAUAGGCAAGAUAUCUCUUCGGUAUUAUAGGACUGAACAAUGUCAAUACGUUUGUAGGAACGCAUCUAUUGAAAUGGGGAUAGAUCCUUGAACACGCAAAAUGAAGAAGGCAGGUAUGAAAAUAACCUAAACCUCCAAAACGGCACUCACAAGUAGACUAUUAUCAAAUAUUUUUCUUGAUGGGCUACUUGGCAUAUGCAUAGCCAGGAUUGAAAAAAAACGGAAAGACUCAUUGAUGUUGAACGCGACUUCGUUAUAGUAGGGAAGCCUACAGAGGACUUGGUUUUUAAUCAAAUGGAAUAGAAAACAAGCAAUUGUUACAGGAAAACAACUGAAAUAUUUCAAAAUAUGAGGGUCACCGCCAUCAUCAUCAGCUCUCUUGGAAAAUGUCACAGCACCAGUUAGACAAGAGCGCCAUCUUAGCGCCGGCCAAAAAUAGAGCCCUUUAUCCCCCCGAAAUGUCUGAUCUUUGAUUGGCUUACAUGUUGGCACUAUUUAAAUGGAUUACAACAAUUGUUAUAUCAUCCCUGUACAUCCUUGCCAGGUCCUGAGGCAAGCUGAGCAUUUUCGACAAGCGCCUUUGCUCCACAGUACCAAAGCCAUCACUCCCUAAAGCAUGGCGGAUCAGAUGUGUUGCAGAGUUCUCGUCCUCUAAAGCCGAAAUGGCUCUGCUUUUCCUCUCCUGGAGCAACCUGUGCAUCUGUCCCAUUGUAAAGGAGAGCCCAGAUACUGGUUUCUGCCAGUGUAGACCAGUCAGAUGUUCUCCUAUGACCUGCACCACAGUUUGCCUGUGCAUCAGCUCCCAUAGGCCAUCAGUUGCCAUGAUCAGAAACUUGUCCUUUGGCCUCAGUGUGUGGCUUGUCACCUCUGGCUCAGCAAUGAGAUAUGGUGGCGUGUGGUAGUUAGGUGGGAGCAUCUUAACAAACUCAUUGGCCGACAAGAUGUCUGGUCUUGUUUCAUACACCCUGUUCAACAUUUCACCGCUCCAUUUAAACUUAAUGUCUCCGAACCCUCUGAAGGGCAUGAGGAGGCCCAGUAGCCUGCCGUGUUUGACUACUGUCUUGUGUUCGAGCGCAGGGUGCUCAGAGAGAACCCUCUGCAACUCGUCUGUGUUUUGGGCAUUGUGGUCGUUGCUGAUGGUGUGUGCUGACCAGGUCCCAUUCUCCUCUUGGACUCCCAGCACAGCCCUGCUAUCCCCCAGGUUGGCCACAUGCAGGUCAUUUCCAUCCACGUGGACGACACAUGCUGUGCACCCAGACAGAGCCACCCGAAGAGGGGUGAAGUGGGAGAAGGGGUCCCCAAAGUCCACCUGGGCCUCAAGUGA